GAGAUAGAGAGGGAGGGAGGAAGCGACCGAGCAACACUCCUUCCUAACCCUUCAUUACACUUCUGCUACAGACAGGCUCUCCAGGUGAGUUACCUGCCCCCCCAUUACACCUCUGCGUCCUCAUUCACCCUCCUCCCCCUCUGCUCUCAUCCGCCCCCCUCCUCGCCCUUCUAACACAGCACUUUGGAAGCAGCUCCUGUCUAUUUCCUGCAGCUGCUCGGCAGUAGUGUUUGUCUGCUGGGUCCUAGAAAUAUCAUCGUGAGCAUGGCAGGUCCUACGUGUAGUCUUUACGGGCACCUGGGGAGAGUAGUAAGCGGCAUUCAGCAACCAUUGGCCAAAUCUGAGGCAACUAUAGCACACUGUGGGUUAGGUUACCAGCGGAACUUCUGAGUGUUCCAAUAGAACCCUCUGCUAUUUAUUUAUAAAAUAUUUUACCAGAAAGAAUACAUUGAGAUUACUCUCGUUUUCAAGUACGUCCUGGGCCCACAGGGUUAUCCAGCAAAUAAUUAGUCAUCAAUCUGCUGUCUUAGUCACUAGACUAGGCAGUGAUGGGGGUCGAUUUGAUUAUGGAGGGGUGUAUAAAACUUAAAGUACAUUGUUUACGCACAGCAUAGACCUCCUAGAAACAGCCAUGGUUAAAAAUAAAACAAUCUCUUUAAAAGAGCCCAAGAUUGUAAAUAUUUGAGUGAAUAUUUGACCACCUAACAUUUGGAGAAGGCAGGACCAGCUCCUCCAUUAUCAGUAUGCCACUUUGUAAUGGUCACAAGGAUGACUCUGGAUCUGAGAUCCCUUUGGCUACCCUAAAUGCAUCAUUAGCUGUAAGAAUAACUCCCCUUACAGUAAUAGGACUGCCAUGUUUCACAGAGUGCAGCAGCUUAGAUAUUUCAUUGUUUAGACAUCACCGUGUGCAAUAAUUAAAAUGUCAAAAUCAUACUAGCUUCCUGUAUUUUGAGCUGGUUAGGGUGCUGGUGCCUCAGGGCUGUAAGAUAAUGAUAUUGGGCCCAGCCCACUUAGUCUGAGAUCUGGCUGUGUGGGAUUUAUCAUGACGGGUUUAAAAAAACAAAAAUAACAAAACACUGGCAGCUUCUGAAUGAAAACAGGCUUGGCCAAUUUGAGCUGUUGCCUGAGCUUGUGAGCUUUGCUAAAAAAAAAAAAAGAGGAGGGGGAGGUGGGGGUGUCUGCAAGGAGCCAGGACUGAUUCGUGAUCCUCUUUGACUGCAUGUGAUGUAGGGGUGUGUGGGAGGUUUGUGUAUUUUUAUGUUGUAGAGGGGUGUUAGCAGAAUUGCAGUGUGAAUGUGUGUGUAGGUGAUACCUCUCCAUGUGUCCCAUCUGUUGAGGUGCGCUAUUCCUUUCAGAGUUUACUGUAUCUGUCUGUCUCUGAUCUUGGAAUUGGAAAUAUAAUAUAUAAGAAUAUAAUAGCAGCUGCAGGGCUUGGCAACAUCCUGUGUUCCAGCUGCUAUACUCUAAAAUCCUCAUCUUCCCAAACCUUCUCCAUUCAGGAAGUUGACUGUCCUGAUCUGGAGGGGAUUUUUUAAUUUAAAAAAAAAAAAUUUGUGAUAACGAUACUACAAUUUCAUUUCCAAUGUUCAUUUUGUGGAUUAUACUAUACUGUUUUAAAUGUAUUUUUUUAAAUUGUGAAUUUAAAUUGACAUUAUUUAUAACACACUCUAAGGUAAGUUUAAAGUGAUGGGUUUGGGUUUAGAAUUAAGGGGGGUUUGGUCUCAAAGGAGUUAUUCCUUUCAAAAUGCUGUGGACUGUUACUCCCAUGAUUCUCAGUUUAACUAACAAAUUAUAGUUAAUUGCUAGAGCUGAGCACCCUUCACAUAAAAAUAAAAUCCACAUAAACUACUCAUCUCUAAAUACCCAUCCUAAGGGAUUAGUGGAACUGCUCUACUCAUUCUCAAAAUCAUGGGUGUGCGGGAGUAUAUGGGACGAUAGUGUCUUCCUCAGUAAUUUUUAUCUUCUGCUAACCAUAUUAGGUAACCAUGGAUUAUAAUGCAGGCGGAUUGGAGAUCAGUAUAAUUUUAAAAAGUACAUUUAAACUGGGAAAAAUUCCUAGAGUUGCUGAGAAUUGUAGAGGAAAACAACAUAUAUUUUGAGCCAAUCCACGUCAUUCCACUGUUUUCAGAGAAAGCAAUGAUAGUACAUCAUAAACAUCUUCCCAUAAUUGCCACUGUAAUUGUUAUCCUAUGGUUCAAGUACUGUAAAAACAGAUUCUGGUGCAACAAUAUUCUAUUAGUUUUUCUGAGAUUAGCAAGAAUCCCUAAUUUUCACUCUUACUCUUGGCACUUAAAGGGUUAAACCUGUAUUGACUCUACAUUCUAAUUUCUUACUUACUGGCAUCUGUUAAUACAUCCUAACUACUUACCAAUGCCCAAUUCAAUUUUAUAGUACGUAAAUACCAGCUGGGCAAGAUUUGACUUGGCAUGUAGGUUUGAAUUUUUAUUGAAUAAAAUGUAGCCUGAGGGUUUAGGUCGCCCCCAAGAACUUUGAACACCAGGGAUAACUGGCUGUGGUGCUCUGAGUUUGAAAAUCCUACCUAUACCUACUCCAAUGUUUAGUAACGUGACUGGCAGCGAUUCUAAAGACUCCCCAAUUUAUGCUGCUGGAGAUUCCAUAUUCCUUGGCAGCCUGCAAAACAUGUUGUAUCAAGGGAGAAAUGUUUGGUAAUACUGUUGGAAUUUGCAGAUACCAAAUUUGCUUCAAGAUCCAGUACAAUCUGACUUCUCCUUGAGGUCAUUGAUGACUCUACGCUCUAGAAUUCCGUGGGGUUUAUACUUAACAUGACAAAGAGUGAAAUUAGCAGAACAACAGCUGUACAUUCUGUGCCAUUUUAGAAUUCGGUCUGGGGUGCCUUGCACAACCAUUACAAUGUGCUGUAGUGGUUAUAGUGCUUCAGUGUCCCUUUAAUCUCCCAACACAGCUGAAACGCAUACUGUGUAUACUUUUGUACUGUUUCAGUAUAAGCAGCUAUUAUAGUUAUACUGUUCCCUAUGUGAUAUUUCACAUACCCAGUAUUCAUGCACUAGCAGUUCAGCCUUUUGAAUUCUAUUGUGUCACUGCACUAAACCCGUAUCAGACAAAUAACCAAUAUUUGUAUUUUAUUACCUACUUGUUAUGAACAAUCUAACAUUAAAAAUAAGUAUAUUUAUUUUUUAUGUGUUCUUUAGUGUAAUAAAAUAAUAAGAUUUGGAUGAAGUGCUAAUCCAUAAAAAAGUAGGUAUGUUAAAUAUUACAUAAGGGAUAAAAAAUACAAACGUACAUUUAGAUACAAGACACUCAGUCUCAUAUGCGUGUGUGUGUGUAAUAUAUAUAUAUAUAUAUAUAUAUAUAUAUAUAUAUAUAUAGCACAAAUUCAACGGUAAGCCAGCUCCGGGGAGUAUCCUCCCAGUAGUCACUUCUCUUCUGAGAUCAUCCUUACAGGUUAUCUCUGAUCCAAUCAAAUUCUUCUCAGAGGAGCAUUGGGACCUAUGGAACAUGUAUGGCAAUCGCCACACUCCAUCAAUCAGAUGCUUCUCAAAUCUGUUAUACAAACAUGUGCCAGGCUUCAUUGACAAAGUGGGUUCCAUUUUUUCGUAAUUCAGCUGUGGACAAUGCCUUUUAUUUUGCUAGAUUCAUACACUGAUCAGCCACAACAUUAAAACUACUGACAGGUGAAGUUUAUAACAUAUAUUAUAACGUUACAAUGGCAAUUGUCAUGGGGUGGGAUUUAUUAGGCAGCAAAUGAACAGUCAGUUCUUGAAUUUGAAGUAAGAAAGUGAAAAGAUCUAAAUGACUUUGACAAUGGCCAAAUAGUGAUGGCUAAACAACCUGGUCAGAGCAUCUCCAAAAUGGCAAUUCUUAUGGGGUGAUUCCGGUAUGCAGUGGUUAGUACUUCCCAAAAGUGAUGCAAGGAAGGGCAACUGGUUAACCGGCAUCAGGGUCAUGGGUGCUCUAAGUUCAUUGAUGCACGUGGAUGGCUAAAGCUAGCCCGCCUGGUCCCGUCACACAAAAGAGUUACUGUAGCUCAAAUUGCUGGAAAACAUAAUGCUGGCUGUAAUUGAGAGGUGUCAACAUACAGUACAUUGCAAUUUGCUGCUUAUGAGGCUGCAUAAUGGUGCAUCACGACAACCACUGUCCACCUCUUAAAGUGCCUUCAGUGGUAACGUGAGCUUCAGCAAUGGACCAUGGAGCACUGCAGUGGAAGAAGGUUACCUGGUCUCAUGAAUCACAUUUUCUUUUAGAUCAGGUGGAUAGCUGGUUGUGUGCAUCGUUUACCUGGAGAAGAGAUGGCACAAGAUGAAGAAGGAAGGCCGGCAGAGGCAGUGUUAUAAUCUGGGCAAUGUUCUGCUGGGAAACCUUGCUUCCUGGUAUUCAAGUGGAUUUUACUUUGAUACCACCUACCUAGAGAUUGUUGCAGACCACGCACACAAUAUUGUUCGCUGAUGGUAGUGGCCUCUUUCAGCAGGAUAAUCAACACUGCCACAAUGCAAAAAUUGUUCAAGAAUGGUUUGAGGAACAUGGCAAAGAGUUCCAAUUGUUGACUUGGCCUUCAAAUUCCCUAGAACUCAAUCCAAUUGAGCAUCUGUGGAAUGUGCUAGAACAACGAAUGUGAUCCAUGGAGGCCCCACCUCAAAACUUGCAGAGCUUUAAGUAUCUGCUGCUAAUGUCCAGAAACCACAGCACAUCCAGAAGUCUUGUGGAGUCCAUGCCUAGACGCAUGAGAGCUGUUUUGGCAGCACGAGGGGAACCUACAUGAUAUUAGGAGGUGAUUUUAAUGUAGUGGUUUAUCAGUGUAUAGUAAUAACUGAUAGACUUGUACAGUGCAGUCUGCCCCCUGUACAAAGAAUGCUAAAAAGCCAUUUUCUUCCUGUCCUACAAACAUCAGAAUUAUCUCAAUGGAAAACCAACAGUCAGAUUUCUCCUUGGAUCAACAAGCUGUUACUCCACCUAUCAACUUUUAUAUUCUUCAAUAUUAUGUUUUUUUCAAAAAAAAGCAUAUAGACGUUGUCUAGGAAUCUGAACAUAAUCUAAUAAAUAAACCUCUUUAGGCAGAUUAUUCCACAUAUUUGUUGCCCUUACUGGGUAUUCUUACCACUGAUAUCUACAGAUACAGCAUACCUGCCAAAUGGAUUGGAUCUGAUAGGACUUUCCCAUUACUGGCCUCAUAUUCUGCCAUGCAGAUUUGCAUAAAUGACAAAAACAAAAACAAGCAAAAUGCUCAUUCCAGCACAUUUUAUUUACUGCGAACACAGUAGUGUCAGAACACCCAUUACUCCCAUGUUCACUUGAAAGGGUCCCUGUAAGCACCAUGACUGCACCAAUUUGAGUCUCUAUUAAAAAACACUGUGGGAAAUAAACACAAAAUAUUAUCGUUUUACCUCAGUGUGGUUUUUUUUCAAUUUCAGGGCCCCCUUUUUACUUCAAAAAUGAUUUAGAAAUUAAUCCAUUAUCUACUAAUAAACCAGCGCAAUACCUCUUUUGAGCAGCCAAAUCCUCCUCUGCUGAUGUCAUAAAGCCUGAAAAGAUUUCUGUCUAAGCAAAUGUUUCUCAUUGAGAAGCAUUAUGGACUUAAUGGACGUGUGCAGCAAUUGUCAUGAUUCACCAAUCAUAUGCUUCUCAGAGAAGCAUUCAAUCUAUUGCUUCUCCUUGAGAAGCAUUGAAUGUAUGACGUCCUCAUGCAAUGUGCGAUGAUUUUGAACGUUAAGAACUGACUCAAACUCAGUUCUGAUCGUAAAAGCACCAUCUAAGCACCAUAAGGUGUUACAUUGCGGUGAGAUGAAGAUGGUCUGGGUGCUUAUAGUGUCCCUUCAAGCUGCCUAAAUGUCCAAUGUCAACUUUCUCCAAGUUUUGUGUGCAGUGUUUGCACGCCUCAUGUAUAACUUGGAAUGUAUUCUUUUUUAUACAGUGAGUGAGAGCCGAGCUGCAGACCGUGCAUGUUAAGACUGGACGGUGUGCUAAGAGAAGUGUUACGACUAAGGCUCUGUCGAUAGUAGAACAUAACUUUGUUCACUAAACAGUGAAGCAGGCUAUGUGUAAACUGCUAGCUAUCUCUGUAUGGCUGAUAUCAGUUUAUAGAGCAGUUUCAUGUAUCCCAAUGAAUUAGUUCAACUGAUCUUGGACAAAAACUACCUAUUCUAUAAAUCAUGGUUGUGCAGGAGUUUAUGGAACGAUAGUGGUUUCCUUGAUGAUCUUCCAGUGAUCAAGCGAAGCUUUAAAUGUGAGUAACUUUUUAUUUUUUUCUGCAUUCUUUUUCUAUAGCAUUUUCUAUAUAAUCAGUUAAUAAUAAGGCUAUGUUUUACCCCACAGCUUCCAUUUAGGGUAUGUUUUAUCUUCUGCCAACCAUAUAGGGGAAACAUGAAUUAUAGAAGGACAAAUAAUGCAUGCGGUUUGGAGAUCAGUAUGAUUAAAGUAAAAAAUAAGUAAAUUUAAACUGGGAAGAAAAUUCAUGUUCAGGAUGCUAAUCUUACCCACUCAUGUGUUAUGGAGAAAUGCCCAAUGGACAAUAUCAGUCUUAAUCUGAGUGUCCAGUGGGUUUACACAAGAAGUAAAACCAUUUUUCUCAUUAGAGUCCCCCUUUUUAAUACUAGUUAUAAAAUAUCUUGUACAUAAAAUAAAAGUGAAUGUAGGUAAUUGGGCAAAAGACACAUCACUUGGUUGAAAAAAUAAGCUGAAUUACGAUAUAACCACUACAUAUUAAUGUAGUGGUUUUGGUGAACAGAUGUCACCCCUUUUUUUCGGACAGUGUCUAGGGUUGCUGAAUCUCUCAUGUAGAGGGAACCAUUCACAGCAUUUCAGAUCUGGACUGUCCUUUGUAGGAUAAGUUUGAUAUGCAAAUUGGAUAGGUUAUCUCUGUAAUUGCACAAUUGAACACAAAAUCUUUGGGAUAGGGGGCCUGAGCAGAGACUAACCAAAGGGCAAGCUACUAAAUGUAUGCCCGUUCUCAGUGUUCCCAUAUUCUCUGUUUUUGUAAAUAUUGCCCUAUCUGAGAAACAGCAAUCUUUACAUUUGUCCAAAAAUGGUCCCUUAGUGGCUCUCAGACAGACAUAUUAAAUCUAGGCUAAUAUGGCUAGACGUAUGCAUUGUUCUCUAGUGUAAACUGUAAAGUAAAUGUGACAUUUAUACACUUUUGAUAAAGGUAAGAGUGAAAAAAAGUAGCAGAAUUAUGCACUAAAGUGAGAAUCCAAGAUGAAUUUCAAAUUUAAGAAAAAAGUAGCCAAACUGAAAGCAGCUGACUAAGAGAAUUGUUCCAGUUUGGUUAUUUCGACCUUAGAGUUGAAUUCACCUUGAAUUCUCGCUGUAGUAAAUAACUCUGUAUGUAUGCCAAUUAAAGGUUUCAUUCAUUGAAGUGUUCAUUGUCCAAAAAAAGGUUGGGAACCACAGCCUUAAGAGAGUCAAUCACUAAAUUACAGCAGAGCUAUAUACCGUGCAUUUAAUUAGUAUUCACCCCAUGGAUUUUGUGUGUCAUGUAGUAUCACAAAAUGGAGUUAAUAAUGAUUUUUACUGGUAUUUUUACAAACAGUGAUUUACAUAGUUACCUAAAACUUUAAAGAACAUUUUUAUAUCGUUAUACAGGUGUAAAAAAACCAAACACUACCAAAUAUUUUUUGGUAGUGCAUUGUCUCUCUUUGCUAUGUGAAUCUGUAAUAACCUUGGAAACCACAUAUUUAGUUGCAUUGAGUCCACGUUUAUGAAUUUAACAUACACGUUUCUCUGAACAGAGUUUGUUCGACACGGUAUCCACUAAAUUUCAAACUGUAAAAAAGUGAAAUAUUUUCAAACUGUAUGGAGGUGAAAUUUAAACCGUAUAUCAACAACAAUAUAAUUACCAAGGGGCUCUCAAACCAAGUCCAGAAUAAGGUUCUAGAGAGCAAAUAUCGGGGUUAAGUUAAAAAAUAAACAAAUUCAUACUUUGUAUAUCUAUUAAAUCUAUAGUACGAAAGAGAAGAAUAAGUCAUUACUCUAACUCUACAUAGAGAAUGCUUUUGACCAAAGCUUUGUGACCAGAUAAGAUGGGCAUUAGUUAGGGAAGCAACCAAGAAACUAAAGGAGCUGGAGACAACUAUGGGGAAUGCUCUAAAAAUCACGGUCAAGGAUAUGUGAUGAAAAGAAAGCCAUUACUGCAACAACAAAAAAAUAUGGCAUAUCAAAUCCAGUUUGUAGUUUGCCAAAACCCUGCUCCCUUUUCUCAUGGGUUGGCCGCAUUCACUCAGCGUUUACAAUUUUCUAGAGGGAUUGCAGAGGGAGAGACACUUUGAUUUGGAAAGUUGGAGAGACACUAUAGGGCAGUGAUGGCGAACCUUUUUGGGUCCGAGUGCCCAAACCGAAAUACAUGCCAACUUUUUUUUCCUCAAAGUGCCAACACGGCAAUUAAACCUGAAUACUGAGGUUUAAGUUUAGAAACAACAACUCGUACAGUUGUCCAAACUAAUUAAGAUACAUACACAGUCCGCUAAAUACACACACAAACAUACACACAGUCCGCUAAAUACACACACACAGUCUGCUGAAUACACAUACACUGCUGAAUACACACACACACUGCUGAAUACAUACACUGCUGAAUACAUAGACAGACUGCUGAGUACACACACACAGACUGCUGAAUACAUAAACAAAGUCUGCUGAAUACACACACACACUGCUGAAUACAUAAAGACUGCUGAAUACACACACACACAUACUGCAUUGAGGGGUGCAGUGUGUGUGUUUGUGUGUAAGGGUGUGGAGAGUGGAGUGUGUGUGGAGUUCUGUGUGUAAGGUGUUGUGUGGAGUUCUGUGUGAGGGGUGCUGUGUGUGUGGGAGGGGUGCUGUGUAUGGGGAUAGGGGUGCUGUGUAUGGGGGUAGGGGUGCUGUGUGGGGGGUAGGGGUGCUGUGUGGAGAGGUAUGGGAGUUGUGUGGGGGUGUAGGGGUGCUGUGUGUAGGGGGUUGGGUGCUGUGUGGGGGUUGGGGUGCUGUGUGUGGGGGUGUGGGUGCUGUGUGUGGGGGUAGGGGUGCUGUGUGUGGGGGGUAGGGGUGCUGUCUGUGGGAGGGUGCUGUGUCUGAGGGGUGCUGUGAGUGUGGGAGGGGUGCUGUGUAUGGGGGGGGCAGGUGGUGUGUGUGGGGGGUAGGAGUGGCGCGGUGUGGGGGUAAGGGUGGCAUGUGUGGGGGGGUAGGGGUGCUGUGUGUAUGUGGGGGGGUAGGGAAGAUACAUUAAAAAAAUCAAUUAAAAAAAAGUAUAUUAAAUCUGUAUCCCCCCCCUCCCUUCUUCUUGCCUUUGGUGAAGGGGGGGGAAGGGAGGACACAGCCAUCCUUGGUGGACAGGGAAGCAGCUCUCUUGUCCUCCCGCGCUAUGCUGUGUGGAGCGUUGCCAUGGUAAUGCAUUGAUGCAGACAGCGGCCCCCCUCCCCCGGCAACCUAUGGCCGUGUGCCCACAGAGAGGGCCCGGCGUGCCACGCGUGCCAUAGGUUCGCCAUCACUGCUAUAGGGCAUAGUGGAAGAGGCCCUAUUGGGGGGCAUGGAGAGAGACACCAUGGAGGGCUGUAGGAGAAACUGUUGGAGGACAGAGAAAGGAACACUAUGGUGGGAAACUGUGGGGCAACAGAAGGGGUGAAAAAAUGAGGAUGGAGGAGGAAACAGUUUGGCACCAGGGACUGAUACAGUUGGGGCAGAGCAAGUAACACUAUAUAGAAGGGGAGGGAGAGAUACUAUGGAUGGAGAUAAGAUGGCAGCUGAAGGAGAGACAAUAUGGAGGCAGAGGGAAAAUUAGUAUGGAGGAAGAUGAACAGAGGUAAUUAAAUGUGGGUGAUGCAGCUCAGAGCUCUAGACGAGGGCCACAAUCUGAAAUUCUGCCUAGGGCCCAGGGCAUCGCAAUCCACUCUGUGUACAGGAAAGAUGUGGGCAUCAAUCUUUCAUAUUUAGUACCCCUGGUCAUGGUCUGGGACAUUCUUGAGUUGCAACAUUGAAGCAAACUAGCAGUUGGACUUUUAGUUUGAUGGUCAACUAAUAUUGGAUUUACGGACAACUGGCACCCAAAAACUAUUUUUAAUAUAAUAAUCCUUUCAUCAAGUUCUGAUUUAGAAAUAGAUUUUUUUAAAGGAAAUAUAUGUAAAAAACAAACAAAAACUAAUCUCUGCCUUUAGUAUAUUACAGGAUCCUUCAGCCAUAUGCAUACACCUUGGGUCAGACAGUUUUUGAAAACCAACAGUUAGUCUCUAUGGUCUUCCCUGCUUCUGUGCAUGGAGUGAAGCAGGGAAGAUCAUAGAGACUAACAGUCAUUUUUCAAACACUGUCUGCCCCUAGGAGCAUGCAUAUGGCUGAAGGAUCCUGUCAUAUACUAAACGUAGGGAUGAGUUUUUCUCAUUUUAUUUUACAUAUACUUCAUUUUUAAAAACCUAUUUACAUUCAAAACUUGAUUUAUGGAUUAUAACAAAAAUAUAGUUUUGAGAUGACAGUUAUUCUUUAACGUGUAAUAAUGUUCAAAUACAGAAGAAAGCAGGAAUUCCCAACAAUAGACAUUACAUACAAUUUUUAUUAUUAAAAGAUAAACUUUAUUAAUGCUACAUAAUGAUAAAAUGAUAAUCAGAAAACAUUUUUGUUUUAAUAUCACAAUUUUUAUUGAGUUCCCAUAGUUAGACAUUCCUUCUUGUAUUCGAAUUACAACUUGUAGCUGAGAACCUAGAAAGUCAUUGUCCAUAUUGUUAUAAAAGUUAUAAAAGUGCAUUUGGUCCAACUAGCUCCCCCUUUUCACCACAAUCUCUGGUGUACAUGAGAUGAGAGUAGCAAAAGCACCAACCAACUUCUUCACAUAGAAAAGCAUCAAACUCAGUGCUUUUCUACCUGACGCAUUUCAUGGUACACUGCUGUAUGUUGUGUACAUUCACUGGUGGAGGGAGGGAGUAUUCAUUCAGAAGAAAGCAGAAGUGGUCUAACCCUAUAACCCAAGGAUAUAACCCUACAAAAUGUGUUAAUGUCCAAUCAGGUUGCGACAUAUCAUAGGCAUUGUAUGCACUGCAGCCUGUUGUCUGUGAUCUCUGUAUGUUAGACUAGUCCUUCGUGAUGUUACAGCAGCUGUUGGUCACCAUAUCAGUAAAGUUUUAAAGUUACUUUUUAUAGAUAUUACAUUUUGAUUGGAGAUUGGUUUCUCUUUUAUAAUACAUUAACACUUCAGUACUGUUUCUUGGACAUCCAAAGCCAUUGUUCAAAUCUGCAUUUCUUGGUAGAAAAUAUAAUGCAUGUGCCGUGGUCUAUCUAAAUGCUUUGCUUUUCCAAAACAACAGAGUCUGGGGUUUAUUUUUGCCUUGCAUAAAGAGAGUGGCAAAAUUGUUAUUUUGAGUCUGUCAGGGUAUUCACAAAAGUGAGAAUUUAAAGUGAAAAUGUAAAGUCAUGCAAAUGUACUUUGAAUUCACAAUUUUGUAAAUAUGUUAGUAUGUCUUCCUGCUAGAGAAGUAUCAGCUAGCAUGUAUGUUUCAUUACGACAAAUGAGCCUAUAAGGAUCCUUGCACCCCCCAAAUCGCCCUUUCAUUGGAUGGGGUUACAGGUAGCCAGAAUGAAGCAGAUUACCCUAUGGUGUCUUGACCUUCACUCCAAUACUUGAGGAGUGACAUCGUCAUGUGUAAAUAAAAUUCUAUGGCUGAGUGUGUAUGUCAUUAACAAUAUCAGCCCUGCAAGCAUAACCUCUGCACUCAGCAUACUCUUCGUAGUACAUGUACCUGUAAAUGGCCUGUCGAGUUCACUUUACUUGUAACCACUAAGUCAACAACAAAACAUCUAUCUGGUUCUCAGGUCUCCUGACUCUUCCCAGUUAUUCUGCAUGGCCGUCUGUGGCAUGAUGCAAGCAUAUCACCCUCUCCCACACUACCUUGAGAUGACAUUAAUCUCAUUAGAUUUGUUCAUUGCCAAAAGUUGGCAAAAAUAGUUCACCAGUAAAAGUAACACAUUAAUAAUAAUUUAAAUAAGGCUUACAUUUCUCUCUGGAUCUCUGUAAUCAUGAUACCUACAGGCAAAACUCUGAGAAAUUACUUUGUCUGAUACCAUUUAGGCUCAGUUAGAAUAUGAAUGCCUGGGUGCACUUUAGCUAUUUGGUUGUUGACGGUCAUAGGAUCAGUAGUCUUUUGUCUUUGACCACAUUGUCCAUUCUAAAAUUAAAAGGAAGUCCUGCUACUUACUGUCUCCUCCUCCCCAUGAUUGGGGGUGGUUGAGGAAUUUAUUUUUCUUUACUGGAGCACCCUUCUGAGAUACUUAGCAUAUCACUAGGAACAAAGAUCAGGCUGGAUUAAGAUCUUUUUAUGUUAAGUAGAAAUACUAGAAGUACCUUGUACCAACAUGGAGUUCACGCACUGCAAGGAUAACAAUAGACACCAUUCAAAUACCUUGGGUAUGUGAUAUAGUUACUUGCUAGGCAAAGCCUAAAAGCUUAAAAUAGAAUUAAUAGGAGCAUAGGCAUACUUUUCAUGUAGUAGUUAAUGGAAUAACAAAAUAAUUAUUGCACAUUUCAAAGGCAAUAUGAAAAACCCAUAUGAUAAUUGUUGUAAUUUUACUAAUUAAGAAAUUUACUAGAGCAUUUCUCUUCGGUAGGUGAUAAUGAAAACAGACUAAUAUUUUGCAGAACAUCAACUUUGAGAAUUUCAUGCUGCCUCUAGAUGCCAAAAUAAGCUGGAAAAACUAAAGAAAUAACUAAAUAAAAUAUACUGAUUAGCUUGUUUACAGAUUAUCUGUUCAAAUAAAUCUCAUUAAUAAUUAAAAUGAAUCAAAUUACUUAGCACUUAACUUAUUCAGUUACAUAUUAACAAAAGAACAGAGAACAGAACAAACACUAUUUGGGAUUUAGGAUUCCUUAUAAACCCUUAGGUUACUAAUUUCUUCUUCCUUCAAGUUAAAUGAACACUCCAGCUUGGACCUCACACCCUUUUUAAAAUGAUUUAUAUAGAUAAUGCAUUGAAAAAAAUAUGCAAAAAACCCCUGCUCACCUAAAUCCCAACAAUGUGUAGGCCAGACAUGGUCUGUAAAUGGUGGGGGAUCAUAUGACCAAGUUGUAUAAUUAAGAUACACAAAGCAAGCUAAAUGUCUUUAUACAAGAGACAAGACUACGGUAUAUUUCAGUUACAUAGACAGGCCAUAUAUACAUUUUGUGCACUUUUGCUAAAAAGAAAUGAGAUUAGGAUUUUGGUUAAUAAGGGCUCACCACAAGGGUAGAUAUACAUUCUGCUCAAUAAAAAUAAUGCCUCUGAAACAUAUAAUUUCUUAUAUGUUCACUACCGGUAGGCCCUAUCCAAUUUUAUUGAAACCCAUGUCUCUGGUGCUCUAAUUGUAGGAGUUGACAUUAAUGCUGCCCCUUGUCCAGUCAUAGAUAGGAGGUGGGUUGGGAUCCCAUGUCUCUGGUGCUCUAAUUGUAGGAGUUGACAUUAAUGCUGCCCCUUGUCCAGUCAUAGAUAGGAGGUGGGUUGGGAUCCUACAAUCUCCCAAUAUGGGGUGCCAGGGCAAAAUGCCAAAUCAGUUAGAAAGCAGAAAUUAUUUUACAUUUGGAUGUUGAGAAAUCCGCUAGAACAGGGCUGUUUUCUUUUUUGUCCCCACCCCCAUGUGAUUUGUUCCUGCACAGAUUUAUUCUUACUGUCCAAACAGUCUGUGGCUGAGGUCUUCUGCUUGUCAGUUCACUAGAUCAGAUGGUCAGAUCAUGCUGACGUUUCUAUCACACUGAAACUAAAUACAUUGCUGCCCCUUGGAGCUUUAGGCAGAGAAGUAUUCAGAUGCCCCUAGGCAAUUAACUGGUUUGGGCCUCGCUUUGUAUUCUUCACAUAUGGAGGAUGAAUGGUAACAAGCAAAUUCAAGGUUUCAUGUCUAACCAGUGGGCCUUAGGCGGCUGCCCAAGGUGACCUUAUGAAUCGUCCUGCCAAACCCCAGAGGCUUUCCAUAAGUAAAAUUUGCAGGUUUGUGAGCAGAUCUCCAAGGAAGCCACAUGCUGUUUCCAAAAGAGUUGCACCCUGGGGGUAUCUGUUCCACCAGUGUAAGAUGCUCCUAAGGCCGUUAUUAGUUAUUAGAAUUUACAAGUAUAUCUUCAAUUCUAAAAAAAGCAAAAACAGAAGCCAUCAUUAGGUUACAUAACUUGCUUAGGUUUCUAGAGCUGGAACACAAAUUGCACCCUACCUUAGUGGGCUUAGUGGAAUUAGAUAGAACUAGGGCAGAUAUUGAGCAAAUCUAGAGCCUUAUAUGUUCCAAGAGAACCUUCUAUGAAGAGAUGAACAAACUCUUAGCAAGAAAGAUAGGGCCGUAGGGCUUCUUUUCGGCUGAUCAUCAAACUUCGAACUUGCGAAGGAAAUAUUACAACUAAUUGCACUAACUUGGGGGUGGAGCCGGCAAUGGACUAAAGGGGAGUAAACUCACCUUUUAUAGGCUACAGGCGGCUAAAUAGUUAAAUUAUAGCUAUAGUGACAGUAAUACAUGUUUGUAUUCCUGUCACUAUAGUGUUCCUUUAAGUUUUGUAAGUUCCACAGCCGAUACGAACAAACACUAUCUGAAGAUGAAAUGUUAGGGUUGACUAAAUUUGUUCCUGUCACAUAUUAGGGUUGUCCAGCAUUUAUGUUGGGGAUAGUGCCCCUUUAACAAUACAGCAAAAAUAAAAGGAGAAUACAUCUCAUAAAGGUUUAGCACUAGACACAUUUUAAGACCCAAAGCACAAAAUUAGAGUGAAUAGCAAGAGAUUAGACUUGAAUAAAAGAGAAUCUAUGAGUUAUUUAUUAACCAUGGAUUUUAACACAAUCGAUCUAUGUAGGCAAAUCGGUCUGAACAUGUUAUCUUAAAAAUAUAUUUUCUUUGUAUGUUAUAAAUUUUUUAAGUUUUUGUAUUUUAUUGCUUUUCCAUUUUUAUGGUAAUUUGAUUUUGUUGUAUUCUGUAUAUAAUUGUUUUACAAUAUGAAAAAAAAAAAUACAAGCUGGAAAAAAGUUCACGUUUUUAUUUCUAAACUCCAAAACUGAAAUUCAAAUGGCACAAAAAUAGCUGAUCCCGUAAAAAAAUAAAUAAAAAAAAUCCAGUUUCUCUUGGCUAUUUUACCGCAACGGUUUAAUCUUGUAUAUUCUUGUUUAAAAUUUGCGACAGCUCACAAUUUAGUAAAUAAACCUUUUAGGUUUAUUGACUCAACACUGAAUUGUAACACCGAAUUACAGAAUUUAGGCAAAAAAAAUUUGUCUAAAAGCCUAGUCAGUUGUGAUUCUAACCCAGUUGGAGAUUUAAUUCCAAACCAUUCAUUUCCCCCCCCCCCUAAAAUUUUGCUAUAUAGAUUUCAGCCAACUACAAUUCGGUGUUUAUUGAAUAAAUCAAUUUUAAUAGUUACAUUUGUUUAUUUUAUCCAGUCCAGCGGUUUAUUGGCCUCAAAUGUGAGACUCUCUAAUCAGUUCUCUGUAGUCCCCAGUUUAAUGAAUAAAACCCCAUGAAAACCCUUUUCUUAUUUUGUUUUUGUGACUGCGUGAACAAAGUGAUCCUCUCCCCUAGGCCUCCCAGGACAGCAUGCUGUUGUAAUAAUAAUAUAAAUGCGAGCAGUGCCCGGCAGCCUCCCCCUUUCAGUAUCGGAGCACAUUUCGUGCUAUGUGUAAGUGAAUGCGGCGCUCUCUCUCUCUCUAGGACCCGGCGGCUCCCAGCAGCACUUCCUGCCUCGCUCUCACGGUGUGUGUACUUCCAGCCCCCGGAGCCGCUUGCCUCGUCCUGCUACCUCCCACAGGCCAGGCCGGGGACACCAUGUGAGGACAGGCCGCAGCGCGCACAGACUCUCUCUCUCUCUCCAGCCUGGCUCCCAGGUCAGUCCCCGGGCCGGCCGGUGGGUGUGUGGGUGGGUGGGUGAUCCAGCCGGGCUCCGUGUAGCACUGUGUGUAUCCCUGCCCUGGGUAUCCCUGAGCCGGGCUCCUGGGAGCUGGACACUUCUUACAGCAACACUUCCCCAACUUCAUGGACCAGGACCGGGCUGCCCUCCCUCCCCUCCCUGUAUAGAGCCCAGUGCUGUGUGAUGGGGUGUGUGUGUGUGUGUGUGUGUGUAUAGUCAGUAUUACACUGUAUGGCACUGUGUGACUGCUGCUUUAUAAUCACUCUAUAUAUUAUAACUAUAAUAAUAAUAAUAAUAAUGCUGUAAGUGCGUGUCUCACUCAGCCUCUCAUUACGUAUGUGUACACAAGGCCUAAUCAGCCAUUUAAUGGCCUCCCAUUUCAUUCCAUGUUAAUCUGCAUCAACCCACUCAUUAAUAUCUCCGGCUCAGCUCUCUCUCUCUCCCCCCAUCCCAUGCUCCCAGUACUGGAGGAGCACUUACCUGCUGUAUGGGUUUACCCUAGCUGGGGGGGGAGGGGGGGGGGUCUGCUCUAUAAAUGGGGAUUUGUAAAAAAGAAAAGGAAAAACAUUUUAAGGAAUAAACUUGUGUGUAUUGUUGGUGUGAUUGGGGCUGGCUGUGUAUUGUGUGUGUGUAUUGUGUGACUCUGGCUGAACAGUAGGUGUCCCAGUAAAUGGUGUGUUUGUUAUAUAGCGUUAUUCUCCCUUACAGAGCUUACAUCUGGUUUGUCUGAUUAUCAUAAUAUUUAUUUAUUUAUAUAUAUAUUUUUUUUUGGAGACCAUUUUAUAACUGGUUAAGCUUCAUUUUGUAAUAAUCAGAAUAAUAAUGUGUCAAGCAAUCCCCAUGGUGCUCACAUUGAAGCAAAUGGAGUUUGUGCAUUUAGAUCAGUUGGAACUUUUUUUUUUUUUUUUUUUUGUCUCUUUGUUAAUGAAAGCUGAAUUCUAGCUCUUUUUUUUUUUUUUUGAUACAUAAACAAGGGUGGGGCACAGUGUAAAUUGAGUUUCUUUAUGAUGUGCUAUAGAAGUCAGUUGCUGCUCUUAUUCAUAGCAAUCGUUUCAUGUAAUUUAAAAGGAGUUUGGAAGGAAGGAUGCUAUGAAAUGCCUCCUUCCUCCUGCCAGCUCCAUGAAGGAGUGAAUGCAUUAAUUUAUAGACUGCAUCACUCAACUGAAAAGUUGUUUAUCAUAUACUAGUAGUACAUUAUACUAGGGUGACCCUAUAUUUAAUUUUGUUAGUAUAUCUGGGUUCACCCUACAGGAUGCUACGUAUUUAACCAUUAUAUGAUCAAUGGUAUUCCACAAAUCAUGAUAUAACAGGUUUUGCUCACCCCCUUGACACCAAGGGGAUAUGUAUAACUUAAUAAAGCACCAGUGUGAUCGCCAUAUGUAUACAUCUCACAUUAAUUUGGUUAUAUCCAUAUUAGAUAUUCUAUCAGAAUUGCACCUAUUAAAAUUUUUUAUUUUACAGAGCCUCUGUUUUCAUAUAUGUAUCUAAUUAAAGCCUGUCUAUAGUAAUGAUAUACUUAGACAUUUUAUUCUGCCCAUAUAAAACAUUUUGUUAACAUUAGGUGGAUGUUUCUUUUAUUCAUUUAUUUUGCUUUCCUAGCUAAACAAACAUAACGUUAAAGAGAUAUUGGUAAACAGAUUGGGGAUCAACCAAUAUAAUUUUUCCAAAACCAGUGCUGAUACAGAUUAUUCACCUUUAAGACCAAUUGCCGACAAGUGGUGCUGAUAUUCUGUACAUUCAAUGUUUUGAAAAAGCAACACAAUUUCUACACAAAUCUGGCAAAUACUGAACAUUUUGAUAUCAUCCAGACUCCUGUCAUUCUCAGGCAGCCAGUACAUGCUGGGAUUAGUGUGAUCCCAGCAUGUAUUCACUGUCUUUUCUUUCCUUUAUCAGGCAAUGAUCCAAUAAGUGUCAAUAUAUUAAGAAAUUCCUUUUUUAUCUUCAGAUUUUAGACAUAUUAACCCAAUAGCCAUUGUCAAUGCUGUACUCUGGCUCAUGUGUGAAAGUGCUACAUCCUCCAUAGAGCGAGCCAAUUCCCUGCAGCCUACACCGGUGACAGCUGGGGCAUUGACACUUCUUGAAGGCGGUAGCUCCGACAAGUUUAAGGCAUAGGAAAAAUACUGCGACAAAGUAGUCCUUACUUUGUCUCCGUAUAUCUGUUGACUGGUCUGGCAUUUCAGUGGAAUCCCAAUACGGUCAAUGUAAGUAUUUUUUGGUGGUGUUUACAUUGAUGCUUUAAUGUCCCAACGUACCAAACACACAAAAUAUAGAGGUUUGACAAAGGUCUCAUAUUUUUUUUUUUUUUUAACUUUCUCUUUUUAAUUUAUUCUGGUGUUGUUGUGGGUCAGUAACUUAUUUUGUGCUCUAGGGGCAUUGGACUUAAAUAUAAUCAAUUGUUUAAUCUAUUUAACGUCCAGGUUUGGCAUACAAAGUAAGAGAAACAUUGGACUUGUGAAUCGCAGCUGUUACCGUGAUUUCGCUUUUCUCUUAAUGCUUCACUAUAAGAAGUAUGACAAGACAAAAGUUAUAAAUGUGCUACUUGCCUCAUUUGCUUUGCAGCCUCUAGACUAGUGACUAUCUGACAUCCACUACUUGGCCUGGAAAUUGCAACAUGAAAAUCAGUGAACCAAAGGGCAUGACGUUGUAUGGCAUGUUUAGUUUCUGUUUCAAAUGCAAAUAAUAUCAAAAGGCCUUUUUAUGUGACAAAUAAACAAAAUGUUGUGGCUGAAUCUAACAUUUAGGUAUGUGUUUGAAAUUUCAGAUAUGGAGGCAAACAAUUAUUUGGAUAGCUCUGGCCAACCCACAUUACCAAAAACCUCAGGACUGAAACAGCUGCCUCAAUCUUCAGAACCAGUUUACAUGACCAGUUCUCAUUUAAAACUUCCCCAACAAGCAAAGGGUAUGUAUCCACAUGUAAAACAUUGAGGCUGAGCAAUAUUCCUAUGAAAACUGCCUCCCCGUCAACCCCAUACAUAACCUCUUCUGCAAAUGUUUGUAUCGAUGAGCAAAUAAAUCCUUCCCCUUUCAAAUCUUCUUAUAUUUAAAGGGACAAUAUAGAGUCACCAGAACAACUAUAGCUUAAAGUAGUAGUGAGGCUAUGUACAUUGCCAUACCCACUCCUCAGAUGGCCACUGGAGGUGCUUCCUGGGGCAGUGGUGCACCGUAGGCAGCACUGUCGUUCAGUUUCUCCACGCACUGCAUGGGGAUGCUGAAUUUUACUCAUAGAGAUGCAUUGAUUCAAUGCAUCUCUAUGAGGAAGUGCUGAUCAGCCAUAAGAGCGUUUAGCCCCGUCCCCUUGGCGAUUUUAGCCAAUCCAAUGCUCUCCCCAAUGGAAAUAAGGUGAGUUUAAACCUUUUCGGUGGGGGGGGGGGGGGUUUAGCACUAUAGGGUCAGGAAUACAUGUUUGUGUUCCUGACCCUAUCGUGUUCCUUUAAAUAUCUCAACUCUAGCUGAUUGUAAUUUUCAAGAUACUGUUACUUUGAUGUAUAUUUUCUAAAACCAUAAUGUGUCCAGAUUUGAUUAUAGCAAAUUAGCUAUUGGUGCCUAAAUUGUACAACUUGUUUUUCAAAUCACUGCAAACUGGUGUUGUAGUGAACAAUCCAUGUUGUGUAUGUGAAUUGUCAAUAAACAAUGAGAUCAUUGCUGAAAAAGUUUCUCUGAAGAAAAAGUUAUUAAAUUCAUGCUUGAAGGCAAAAAUAUUUUCUAUUUAGUGGUUAGUAUAAUAUAAACAUACUUUAAUAAAUCUUUUUUUUUUAACCAAAGAAGAUCUCCUUGCACCAAAAGUCUAGUAUCUUGUCCUCCGGUAAUGUAUUUUUUUUCCCCAUAGAUGUUAAUAUUUGUCAUCCCUUCUUACAGGGCUAUUCAAUAAAGUGAAAUUCAUAGUUUGGUGAAAUUAGUGUUAUUUAUAAGGGACUGAAUUCUAACUUCUACUUUCACUAAAUACAUAAUUAAGGUUUUCCUCUCUUUAUUCAGGACUAAGUUGUGAAAUGCCAGUCAAUGGUCGAAUAUCUCCCACUGUAUCUGCAAAUGCCCAGGGAACAUUUACAUUGGAUUCCAGCCCCACCUGUCAUCCUGCAUCUGCAAACUAUGACUACCUCUGGAAAUACACAAAGUCACCUAUUCUCAAAGACUGCCAUGGGCUUAGUCAAUGUCAAGUGAAUGGCUCGUCUUCUCCAGUGACCAAUGGCCCUUCAUGUAAGGGAAGUGCACAAGAGAACUGGGAAAACCAUGUUACGAGCCCAGCUGCAUCUCUCAGUUUUGGUGCACAGGACUUGUGCAAUUUCAAUGAAGCUAAAGUAAAGGUGGCAACAGCAGCUAAUGGAACAAACCAUGACUUUUUUGAGACUUCUAAACCAGUUCCUGGGUUGGACUCCUGCAUACAGACUCUCUGCCCAUCCUCCAAUGCAUGGAAACCAGAACAAAUGGAGUCCAAUACAACUGAAGAAACAAAUAAUGGCAGAGGGUUAGUGGAGUGUCUGGAGCCCUCUCAUGAGCAAACAGGUGCUGUAUACAAAUUCCUUAUUUAUUAUUUGCCUAAAAUUAUAUUCUUAAAAUUGCUGAUCCUCUUUCUGUGUAGUGAACUACUAUUUAAUUGUAAGCAAACGUUUAUAUCAGGUUUGUUAACUAAAAAAAAUAGAAAUUUUAUAUAUAUAUAUAUAUAUAUAUAUAUAUAUAUAUAUAUAUAUAUAUAUAUAUAUAUAUAUAUAUAUAUAUAUAUAUAUAUAUAUUAUACACUGCUCAAAAAAAAUAAAGGGAACACUUAAACAACACAAUGUAACUCCAAGUCAAUCACACUUCUGUGAAAUCAAACUGUCCACUUAGGAAGCAACACUGAGUGACAAUCAAUUUCACAUGCUGUUGUGCAAAUGGGAUAGACAACAGGUGGAAAUUAUAGGCAAUUAGCAAGACACCCCCAAUAAAGGAGUGGUUCUGCAGGUGGUGACCACAGACCACUUCUCAGUUACUAUGCUUCCUGGCUGAUGUUUUGGUCACUUUUGACUGCUGGCAGUGCUUUCACUCUAGUGGUAGCAUGAGACGGAGUCUGCAACCCACACAAGUGGGUCAGGUAGUGCAGCUCAUCCAGGAUGGCACAUCAGUGCGAGCUGUGGCAAGAAGGUUUUCUGGGUCUGUCAGCGUAGUGUCCAGAGCACGGAGGUGCUACCAGGAGACAGGCCAGUACAUCAGGAGACGUGGAGGAGGCCGUAGGAGGGCAACAACCCAGCAGCAGGACUGCUACUUCCGCCUUUGUGCAAGGAGGAACAGGAGGAGCACUGCCAGAGUCCUGCAAAAUGACCUCCAGCAGGCCACAAAUGUGCAUGUGUCUGCUCAAACGGUCAAACGACUCCAUGAGGGUGGUAUGAGGGCCCGACGUCCACAGGUGGGGGUUGUGCUUACAGCUCAACACUGUGCAGGACGUUUGGCAUUUGCCAGAGAGAACCAAGAUUGGCAAAUUCGCUACUGGCGCCUUGUGCUCUUCACAGAUGAAAGCAGGUUCACACUGAGCACAUGUGACAGACUUGACAGUCUGGAGACGCCGUGGAGAGCGUUCUGUUGCCUGCAAGAUCCUCCAGCAUGACCGGUUUGGCAGUGGGUCAGUAAUGGUGUGGGGUGGCAUUUCUUUGGGGGGGCCGCACAGCCCUCCAUGUGCUCGCCAGAGGUAGCCUGACUGCCAUUAGGUACCGAGAUGAGAUCCUCAGACCCCUUGUGAGACCAUAUGCUGGUGCGGUUGACACUGGGUUCCUCCUAAUGCAAGACAAUGCUAGACCUCAUGUGGCUGGAGUGUGUCAGCAGUUUCUGCAAGACGAAGGCAUUGAUGCUAUGGACUGGCCCGCCCAUUCCCCAGACCUGAAUCCAAUUGAGCACAUCUGGGACAUCAUAUCUCGCUCCAUCCAUCAACGUCACGUUGCACCACAGACUGUCCAGGAGUUGGCAGAUGCUUUAGUCCAGGUCUGGGAGGAGAUCCCUCAGGAGACCAUCCGCCACCCCAUCAGCAGCAUGCACAGGCGUUGUAGGGAGGUCAUACAGGCACGUGGAGGCCACACACUACGGAGUCUCAUUUUGACUUGUUUUAAGGACAUUACAUCAAAGUUGGAUACCUCCAUGAGUUGAAAAAUUUGAUUUCCACUUUUUAAUUUGUGUGAUUUUGUUGUCCGCACAUUCAGCUAUGUAAAGAACAAAGUAUUUCAGAAGAAUAUUUAUUUCAUUCAGAUCUAGGAUGUGUUAUUUUUGUGUUCCCUUUAUUGUUUUGAGCAGUGUAUAUUUUUUUAAGGUGAUCCCUGAUAAGAGACUGUGGUUUCCUAAUAUCUGGAUGAGUUAUUUUAUGUUUGGUUUUAACAAUCCAUGCGAGUGUUUACCAUUCUCUUUCAUGCUUUAUUUUUUAGUAUAGCUAAUGCAUCAAUGUAUUAAUUAACGAGAAAUGUAAAAACAAUACAUUGUAAUUAUAAAAACAAACAAAACCCCAACGUUUCUCUUUGAACUCCCUGAAUUUACUAGAAAUGUCCAGGAUUUGCAGCCUCUGUAGUAGCCUGGCCAGUCUAUAGAGCAGCUCAACCAAGUUUCUUCCCACUUUCAGUGGCAGUUCUGAGCUUAUUCAGUACAUCACUGCACAAUAGGGUAUUCUGGAAGGUGUAGUUCAGUUAUUGGCCCUUUUAUUAUAGAAAGUUACAGUUUGUACAGCAAGUAUGAAAGACCGUUCUAAACACAAUGAAAAUAGAAACCGAUUAAACAGUGUAUGAAAUGUGAUGUCAAUUAUUGUUCUAAAAUGCUGACCUCAAUUUGCACUGUGCUAGAACAUUGUAAAAACCUUCAUCUACAAGCACCUUAUUUAGUUUCCUUAUAUAUGUGUGUAAUUUUUUUCCCACUUUUUAGAUAAACACUCUAGUGAGUGCAAUGGAACAGAAAUGACAUUGGCACCUUUUGGUGAAAACAUGCCAAGCACACUUCCUCCUCCCCCUGAUGUGAGCAAUUUGGAUGAUCCUUCCCAGCUUCCAUCCCAACUGGAGAUUCAUAACUCUGAUUCAUUGGAGCCUUUUGGAACAGCCUUCAGUGAAGGUAAAGUAGAUUCAUUGUGCAUUUAAUGCAUUACUUCUAUUCCACACCCUGGACCUCCUAAGUUCUUGGAUAUUUUAUCUGCAUUCUGCUGCUUUUGACAUCCUUGUAACAUACAGUUUCAAAUUCCAUCAUGCUUACCUGAAAUGUAUGUCUAAAACUGAUCAUCUUCUCACCUUUUUCACUCGCUUUCUUUACAACUCUCCCCCUACUGUUAUUCACUUUACAGUAUCAUCUAUUAAAAUCAUACAGGAGAUUUCUGCGUCAAGUACAAAACUGCCUUUUUUGUCUUCCUAUCCGUCCUGACCCCAUAUAAACAUCGUGUAUCACUUCUUUGCACCGUAAGCUUGUGGUUAGGACUCUCCUCCUCUUUAAGCAUUGUAUUCAAAAUUCCAUAAGAGAUGCUCCCGUCUUCUGUCCCUCAAUAAAUUUUCCUUUUAAAAUUUUAAGUUUAAGGUAAAAUAUAUUAGUGAGUUUUCAAUGCUAUUGAAAGUUUAAAGGAAUACAUUAAAAAAGGUGAAGUGUUGAAAACAAGUUUUUAGAUUAGUGGAUCCCCACUACCCUCUAGAAAUCUGCACUUUUAGAGAGUGAAAUAGAAGUGACACUCUGUUAAACAUGAAAAUGCUUCAGCAAGCUAAAGUGCUUUAGGAGUUUGGGGUGUUCCCUUAAGAGAGUUGUGUGUAUUGCAUUUUCUCUAACUGAAAUCUUCCCGAGCCAGGAUACAUUUUCUGCAAAAUAUAUAUAUUGUGUGUCUAAACUAUCUUGCAGUAGUAUGUAUCUGUUCUAUGAUAUGGACACUUCGUGUCCAAAGUUAAAGGAACACUAUAGGGUCAGGAACACAAACAUGUAUCACUAUCUAGCCCCCAUCAACUCUUCCUCCCCCUCCCUCCUAAAUACAGUGAAAUUGUUCCUGCCGGUGCUGGCUCCACUCCUGACCGCCUCCUUGGCUGACAUCAUCAGAAAUGAUGAUCUUAGCCAAUCACAAUGCUUUCCCAUGGGAAAGCAUUGGAUUGGCUGAGAUCGUCAAGAAGGCAGUCCAGGUGGUGGAGUCAAACACUGCCCUGAUCAAUCAGCAUCUCCUCAUAGAGAUGCAUUGAACAAAUGCAUCUCUAUGGGAAAUUCAGCUUCUGGUCACUGGAGAUGUCCCUAGGUUGUAAUGUAAGCCCUGCAUUUCUAUGAAAAGAUGGUGUUUACAACAAAAAGUUUGCAGGGGACUGUCUAUACUCACCAGAACAACUACAUUAAGCUGUAGUUGUUCUGGUGACUAGAGUGUCCCUUUUAAGAGUUUCUGGAAUCCUAUGUAAAUUUUAUUGGUCCCAUAUUAAUUGGUCCUGAGUUAAGACUCAUCUAACACCUUUAGCUAUUGUUAUUUUUAUAUUCUUAAAAGGACAUUCUAAACAACAUAACCACAGGGUUUGUUGCCUAGAGUGUCCACAUGCAGUCCACCGGUUUAAUGUCAAACCAUUUAGGACUAUUUUGGGGUUCUUCCCAGCACCUGGAGAUCACCCCUCAUUAACAUAAUUUAUAAUGGUGGAGUUACACGCACUCACUAUCAAUGCCAAUUUUUUUCUAAGGAUUUUCACAUUUUAGGCCAAAUAGGUGAGCGGGAGAUUUCUUUCCAGGUUUAUUUAUUUAUGUCAAAUUUCAAUUAACAGUUUAGUUAAGAAAACUUGGUCAUGAAACCGCUUAAAUAAAAGGGAGGAGCACAUGUUCCUAAUCCAAAUGGGGUUUCCUUAAAGCCCAACAUGUAAACACCAUACACUUUUUCUAGCAGACACAUCUGUUAUAUGUUGCAGAAGUAUUUUCUAAUGCUGCUCUUUGGAAUGGUUUGAGAAAUCUCCAAAAUGUCCUAUUUAAAGAAACACUCCAAGCACCAUAUCCAUUACAGCCUGUUGUAGUGUUUAUAGUGCCAUUCUGUCCUGGCACCCACUCAGAGUAAUUUUGUCAAAUUGUUUGAGAAUAGCUUGACAAUCUGACCUGACCCUAAUGAAUAAAUAUAUAAUAUAUAAUAUUACUAGACUCUCACGGCUGCAACCAGCUGAAGCUCUCAGCCUAUCACCAGUGCCCAAUGAAAAAGUUUCCGCAUUGGGGCUGGCGUAGGUAGAGAGGCUGAGCUAAUGGGCUCCGUCAAGAGGACUUUAGGGUUAAACCAUUCAAAAAUUGUUUAACCCAUUAGAUAACAUUUGGUACUCUUGACCUCCGGGCACCAUGAUGACUUCAUUGAAGAUGAAAUUGAUAAGGUGCACUGAAUAGUCCUUUAAUUCUUUGUAUAAUAAAUUGCAUCUGAGUGAUCUUUAAUGUUCUUUGAACACAGAGAUUUCAUUCCCCCCCCCACCUCCUUUGUGUUUUCUAUGGUACUGAUAGAUCCAGGAAGCAGCAACUUGUUUGAAAUGGAGGAACAGGAGGUGGAGACCCAGCAGGAUAACAUUCCACUACUUGAACAUUCGAGUUUGGACUGUCCAUCGUAUUCAAAUUCUGCCUCCUUUCCACCUUUGACUGAAAAUAAUAUAAAUUGCUCUUCCAUGUUCAGUGAUGUUUCUGCUUCUCCUUCUCUGGGAGAUUCUUUAAUGCAAGGUAUGUUGUCAAGUUAUCAAGUCAACAUGUUUCUUUAGAUUCCUAAAAACAAAAAACAAAAAAACCUUUUUCUUUAUCAGAGGGUAUAGACUGAGCAUGUGUAGCAACAUUAAGGCUAAAGUAAUGACUGUAGCCAAGUUAGAGAAUGCUUCCAGAUCAACAAUUGUGGCCUGCAUUUUCCAUCUGCCACUAUUCAGCGUUGUAGUGACUAAAUACCUAUAUUGGAAAUUAAGCAAAACUUAAUAUUUAAAAAGGCUAAGCAAAUAUUUAGGUCCAGAUUAUUGAAACAAAAUGUAUGUCUCCUUAUUGUUACUUUAAUCUUGAUCCUGACCCAUCCUUCAACCAUAUAAUAACUGUCUUAAUUGACAUAUAUUUGUACAGAAAAUAAACUUUCCUUGUAAGCAAGCACGCAUAGCAUACAAAACCAUUUUAAUGGCAUGGUUUACACUGAGACCUUGCGCAUAUUAACAUCUCCGGUUUAAUUAAUUGAAUUAGCUUACACAUAAUUUUCUAGGAAUGUCAAGCAAUUAUUUUAUUACAUCUGUUCUGCGGUGUUUGUCAUACAUAAUUUAGAAUGCUAUAUAUAUAAUAUAUAAUAUUUUAAAUGCAUUAACAAAUUAUGCAAGGAAGAGGCUCCACCAGUCAGUCUUUAAUUCUGUUUAUGGGGACUGAUUGAAUUUCAUAAACCCUGUCCACUAGUGAUUUAUGUGAUUUUACUCUGCCAUCAUCCAUAGUUCCACUGGUCAGAUCUGAUGAGUGGAAUCGCUGAACAAGCUGACAGCAGACACACUACAGCUGCUGUCAGUUUAUUAUGUGCAUAGGGUUCUCAUGAUCACAGUUACUACUUGUGCUCUGUGAGAGCCAAGAGGAGAGGUAGGAAAAAGGAGAUUUCAUACACAUGUUUGGAUGGGAAAGAAGGAGCUAAAUAUUCCUCAUUUGAUGUCAAUUACUGAAAAAAUGCUUAGUGUCACUAAUUAUAACCGUUUUAAUACGUAUCUGUUAUUGAUGUUGUUGCUAGAAAAUUAUUUAAACAUACCUAGAAAAUUCUUCUUUGCUCACAUUGACAGAGGAGGAACACACCGUGAACGCUUCAAAUUAAAAAAUGCCCUUGUGUGCCUUUUUUCUUGUGCCCUUGGUGGUCUUGCAGUAUUUUGCAGAUUGUCGAGCAGGACGUGUUCUUUCAGUGUGGCAUUUUGUCAUUCAUAAACCAAGCAUUGAAGGCUAGUGUUAUUAAAAUUAAACCCCUGAAGAUCUUGUUUUAAAUAAAAAUGUAAUUUCUUAACAUCUAUAAUGUUGGUUCUUAGUUUGCACAGGCUCAUCGAUUUUUCUGAUUUAGCAGAUGUUUCGUACCUAGCCUUUUAUAAUCGAAUAAGUCCAUAGUAAAGGAAAUCUCUUAACAUUUUUUGUCAUGGAAAAUAAAAUUAAAGGUAACCUUAAAAGGACACUAUAGUCACCAAAACAAUUUAGUUUAAUGAAGCCGUUUUGGUGACUAGAUCAUGCACCUGCAGUCUCACUGCUCAAUUCUCGACCAAUUAGGUCUUUCAUCACUUUGUUAAUGCAGCCCUAGGCACACCUCCCUGCAUGUGAAUUACACAGCCUUCCUAAACACUUCCUGUAAAUAGUCAUCUAAUGUUUACACUUCCUUGAUUGCAAAAUCUGUAUAAUUUAGAAUUUCUUAUUUUCUGCUCUGUUAAUAGCUUGCUAAAUCCUGCAGGAGCUUCCUGUGUGUGAUUUAAGGUUAAAUUUACAAAGCAGGAGAUAAAAUGUUUUACAAAAAAGGCUUCAUUGAGCUAAUGUUGUUUUCAUGACUACAGUGUCCCUUUAACUGUGUAUUAGUUUGUAAUUAAUGUUUCCUGUUUUGUGCAUAUUUUGCCUUACCCUCACUGUUUGGGGCAGUAAGAAGCAUCACUUAUCGAAGUCUAUGCAAACUUUGAAGCCAGGGACUACGUUUGACACUGUUGGCAGGGCCUGAAGCUCAAAGACACACUGGUUUCAUAUUGAUGAGUCUGAAUUCCUGUAAAUAGUCACUUAGUUUUCUGUAAAUAGUCCUAGUUUUUCCAAAACUAAAGAACAUACAUUCUUAUUGCUUAGGUCAAGGGACCAUACCCAAGAUUGAUCAGGUUGCCUUGUGCAUGUUAUUUGUCCAUAUUUGUUAAUGCAAUUAAAAAUAUUUAUUGCUCGCCAAAUAAAAUAAUCUACAUGCCACUCAUUGUAAAAAUAUUUAUUUAAUUUUGUAUUUAUUUUUUUAGUAGCCAGUUUUUACAUAUACAAGAGUAUCGACAUUCAGAAUUGUAUUUGUAAUGUUUUGCUUAUGUAAGAUGGUAAUGGCUUCUAAACCACAUAUUGUGUGUUUUGAUAAUAGACAAGAAAGCAUCAAGUAUGAAAUCUGUUGUGCGCCGUCACCAGAUUGGGCCCUGUUUGGAUCAUGCAUGUAUGUAAAAUUUUACUAUAAUUAAAAACUAUUUUGUUUAGGAGAGACAGGGCUUUAACCACUUCAGGACUAAUUACAUAUGAGGUAAAUCUGUUUAUAAUGGCAGCUGGUCCUUACAGGGUUAAAUGUAUGUAUUCUGUUUUUUUUUUUUAUGGCAUAUCUUCUUAUGAGACACAAUUCCUCCUCCUUCCUGUAAGCAGCCUAAUGUUAGUGCUGUUGCACACAGAUAUCCUUUAAUGGCUGUCUCAGCACUCUUCUCGCUACAGCUCAAUGUAUUGCAUGCGGUGCCUGGGGACCCCUGGUGCCAUCUCCUGGUUUAGUCAUACUGUUUUUGACUGCUUUGACACUUACCUGGGUUCCAUUGGCACUUGUGGUUUGGCCACUGAGUGCAUGAGCUUGUACGGAUAUAAGAGCUUAUAAGGGAAUAAGUUGUAACUAAUGAUAUUCAUUAUAAAAAAAAAAAAAAAAAGUGGCUGAUACACAUUUGACUGGCUAAAAGAGAUAACGUUUCUGUCUGAAAACUUGAGAAUGAAGAAGAACCCUGUUAAAUGAAAUAUUUGCUUGUGAUGGCCUUAUUAGGACCUGGUGGUGAUACAUUUUAUUCAACACGAGAAGAGAAAUCAGUCUUUCUCUUCCUAUACCAAGAUGGCUGGACUCAAAGUGGCUACAUUUGUGCAUCAUGGCAGCAAUGUGUUUGUCUAUUGAAAUGAAAAAUAUACACAAUGUUUCAUUCUUUCAUUAUUUGUGGAUGUUUCUGAUGGUGUUUUCACUCUCUUCAGAUAGCGCAUCUGAUAUUGGUGAUGAACCAGAGCAACACAAAGCUCAGGAACCAACCCCUGUAACUGAGAGCAUCUCACAGGAUGAAAUAAUUCAGGAAAAUACAAGUCCUGAGCCCAGCAGUGCUGCCAUGGAACUGGAAGAAGAGGACCUGGAGCCUGGUGAGGUUAAGAGUAAGCAAGCUGUUUCAAUCUUCCAAGAAGGAAAUGUUUUCUACUUUGUUGCAAAAUUGGAAAGCGCUUCAAACUGUGUUUUUUGCCUUCUUUUGGAACGACAGCAAAAAGAAAUGUCAGGCUGAGCUUGAUGAACACAUGUAACUGAUAAUAGUAACAAUGUAUUUCACAAGUUUGAAUGUGUGGGUUGAUAAACUUGUGAGUUGUUCUGUUUUGUCUUGUACCUCAGACACAACAUCUGAACACAAACAGCCCUGUUCUGCUUGUUCUUUAGAUAGCCUUGUAUGGGUUAAAAUUAGCCACUGAUGCACCUUAAAGGGACACUAUAGUCACCCAGACCACUUUAGCUCAAUCCCCAAAAAAGGCUGGAUUAACCCUCAAUGUAAACGUAGCAGUUUCUCUGAAACUGCUAUGUUUUCAGCUGCAGGGUUAAAACCAGGGGGACCUGGCACCCAGACCACUUUGUUGAGAUGAAGUGGUCCUUUAAGCUUGGAAAUAUUCUCCUUAGCAAUCUACAUUCCAAAGAACUGAAUUAACCUUUAUUCCAAAGUUCACUGGACCUACUUACUAUAUAUUAUAAACCAAGUGACUUGAAUCUUUCUGAAUGCAUAAACUAAUUAUGCAACGAAUGUCCACCUCAGCCAUCAUUCUUUACCUAGCUAAAAUGUAUCCAUUAAAACACUGAGCAAGUGUUCCUAUCGUCAUUUAACCCCUUAAGGACCGAGGACGGUUCAGGACAGUCAUCGGCAUUUUUCCAUUACCAACCGGUUCUGAACGGUCUUAUUUACUUACCCGAUCGUCGUCGUUCCCCCGGCGGCGAUCGGCGGUGCUCCCGGUGUGGGGAGACCUCCUGCAGCCCAGACAGUCUCUCCAUGGCGGAUUAGGACCCCUGGGGCCAUGUGAUCGCUCAACAGAGCGAUCACAUGGUCACAAUAGGUGUCAAAGUGUCUGCCUGCAGGGGGACUGUCUGUGCUGGCAGUCAGUCUCCCUGCAUCUGUAAAAUUAAAGUUAAUGUUAAAUUUAAAAAAAUUAUAUGUGUAUAUAAAUGAUAUAUAGACAUUUAUUAUAUCUAUAUGUCUAUUUCAUAUGAUGUCAUACUAAGUGUAUUUUUAUAUUAAUAUGUAAAUAUAUUAAUAUAAAAAUACUUAUAAUUAAAUUACACGUGUGUGUGUGUGUGUGUGUGUGUGUAUGUAUGUAUAUAUAUAUAUAUAUAUAUAUAUGUGUGUGUGUGUGUGUGUGUGUGUGUGUAUAUAUAUAUAUAUAUAUAAUAUUAUUAUAAAAUACAAAUAAGUGAUUUAAAUUAAAAAAUCUAAAGAUUUUAAAUAAAUUAUAUUUCUAUAUGAAAUUUUAUUCUAACUGUAUUUUAAAAUUAAUAUAUAUAUAUAAUAUCAAAAUACACUUAGAAUGAAAUUGUAUAUAUAAAUAAAAUAAUAUGAAAUAUACAAAAUUACAUAAAUAAUUAUAUAAAUAUACACGUAGACUUCAAAUAUAUAAUAUGCUUAUAUAUUUCAAUUCUACGUGCAUAUUUUUGUAAUAUUUUUACAUAAUUAAGAAAUUUUAUUGAUUGCAAUUUGAGGGACCUGCCUGGCAACCCAGGCAAAAAGUCCAGAGAAUUUAAUUUGCUAGCACUGUAUUUUACCUUGUAACAUUCUACGACACCUUAAAAAUUGUAAAUUUGGGUACUGUUUUACUCUGGAGACUUCGCUGAACACAAAUAUUAGUGAUUCAAAACAGUAAAACAUUUAUUUAUUUAUAUAUUUUAUUGAAUUCCUUUUUAAUUGGAUCUAAGUUUACACAAACUGAGCUAUAUUCAAUAACCUUCAUGAAAAAGCCAACAUAGUGUAUUUUUUUAAUUUAAAUUUUAUUUAUAACACACAUAUUCGUUCCAACUAUGCUAAAAAUGUUGGCAUUAGCAGCUGGUCUGACUGCCAACCUCUAAGGCAAGAUCAGAUUCACCCAACCUCCUUAUAACCAUUCUAAAGAAACAUUCUUAUAACCCAUCUAAAGGAAGAUUGAACCCCAUGGUUUCAUUUUAAAAUCUAAUUGAAGGUAACCAUACUAAACCUCCCUAUUAAUAUGCUUCAAGCAUAUCCUCUAAAUCAGUGGCUCCCAAACAAAACCCCAUGACUCAGUAACAGUCUGCUCGUCUGCAUCCCCAUUGAAAUAAAUCCUGGACUGCCGGUGGGCCACAAGGACCGUCCAGGAACCACUGCUGACUAGAUAAGCUCAACUUCUUAAGUACCCGAAAACUUUGAAAUAUCAAACAAUGAAAAUAAUUUAACUCUAUAUGGAUCUGCUUGACUUCUCUGUUUUUUUAACUUUAAAUAUAUAUUAAUAUGGCAGAACUUUUUAGAAUUUUUUUUUUUAAACUUUUUCUUUAAAAUGUAAUUUUACUUAUUUUAACCAUUUUUUGCUAAAACUUACUAAACCUUUCUACUUCCGCAAAUUUCUAUUCAUACUUAUUGCCUGAAGUACCUGCUCUGCCUUGCACCUACAUUUUUUUGGGACUUGCAUAUCAUCCAGAUGACAAUCAUUCCUGUCAUCCCAUUUUUCUUCUAUUCUCCAAAGGAUUUCUUCAGCCAAGCCCCUCAACUCUACCCUGACCUAUAACAGGUCCAAGGGGAGAAGGGCAUGCUUCUUUACACCUGUUCUUGUUUACUGGUCCUGUUCCUUUAAAUUCUGCAGCUUUUGUCUGCAUAGCUGUGUAUUUUUUCUUCUUUGCAUGAGGGCACUUCUUUACCUCCGAAGCCGUUAAUCGACCAGCCAGAAACUCCAGUCGUCUGGAACACUCCUCAGGGGAAGAUACUGCUACUGGAGUCUCUGUCAUGUUUGAAGUCUCUGGCAGCGAAUUUAACCCCCUUAAGGACACAUGACAUGUGUGACAUGUCAUGAUUCCAUUUUAUUCCAAAAGUUUGGUCCUUAAGGGAUUAAACAGGCUCUCCACCAGUGAUUCAAGUCUUUAAACGGACACUCCACUGCUGUCUGCUCUUCACACACAAAGCUUUUCAGCAAUCUAAAGUUGCUUAGGGGUGUGGAGUGACACUUUAACAUUAAUUCUACUUAAAAGCCAUGAAGUUUCAGAGAGUCUGUCCGCACUGUUCCUGGUUCAGUCCACUUUGACAGGAUUAAACUUGUGCUGCUUCCUUUUAUACUGUCCCAGUUUCUGCUUGCAACUUUCAACAAAUCCCAUGCCAGCUCCAGCCCCCAGAAACGGCUGUUUCAUCAAUUCUGCCCAGAUACCUGUUUAACUGACCAACUACCACAAGAUGUACAAUUCCUCACAUUCAAAUCCUAGACACAACAGAUUAACUCCUUCAUUGCCACCAUCCAUAUAUGGCACAGUGCUUAGUGACUGUGACUUUUUGUUUCUGAAUAUGUGACUUUGGAGACAAAUAUGUGAACCUGACUGCAAGCAGGACGACCUCAACUGUGGCAUGGCAGUUUAUUCAUCACUUCCACUGAUCUUACAUGAUGUGUAAAACUGUGGCUGAGGCACUUUAUUGGUGAAUUUCUUCGAGGAGUUGGUCUGCACCAAGACCAGCCUUGGCAAGUGUUUACAUUUUUGGGAAUUUUAAAGGCAAGGUGUACAAUGCAGGAAGUUUGCCUUUGUAGCCGGUGAUGAUAUUAUAAUUAUUAUAUUUUAUAUAGGGUUUACAUUUUCUACAGCUGUUUGCAAUUGUAGAAAGGAAAGAGAUGACCAUGUUCAAAUAAACACACAAUCUAUGACAAUUUGAUAUGGGCAGGUGUGUGUGUGUGUGUGUGUGUAUAUAUGUGUGUGUGUGUGUGUGUGUGUGUGUGUAUAUAUAUAUAUAUAUAUAUGUAUAUGUAUAUGUAUAUAUGUAUAUAUGUAUAUAUGUAUAUGUGUGUGUAUAUAUAUAUAUAUAUAUAUAUAUAUAUAUAUAUACACACACACGUAAGCCUAUCAAUGACUGCCAAUUGGCGAGUAAUAGAAUGUCUUAAUUGUAUGCACUAUGUUUGUUUUAGGUAAUGUUUCGCGUCGUAGGAUGGCUUCUGCAGAAGAGGUCCGGCUUCCCCUCCUGCAUGGGUAAGUCAUCUCAUUAACCUGUUUUGUGACUUUGUGCUCCUUAUAUUGAGUAACUUGCUAGUUUGAAAACACUUGUUUACAACUAAAAAAAUAAAUAAAUUAUCCCUAAAUUGUUACAGCCAACAUUACUGUAUUUUACUUUUGUAUUUCUUACUGAAGUACUCUAAUUUAAUUAAACCUAGUGUACAAUAAAGUAAGUUUAAACAUUAGGUCUCUCUUUGCAGGAAGUGUUUAGGCUGUGCAAGUCACAUGCAGGGAGUUGUGGCUAGGGAUGUAUAAACAAAAUGAUUUAACUUGCAAAUGACAGAGAAUUGAGUAGCGAAUCUGCAAGGACAUGAUCUACACACCAAAGCCACUUCAUUAAUCUUAAGUUAACUUGGUGCCUAUACCGGUGUGCUAUGCCGUCCUUGGGGACCCAGCUCUAAAUGCCUGCGGGCGGCAUAGCACGUCCACACUGUCCUGGCCACUUACCUGCUCGCCAGCAACCCUACGCCGGUGAUCGCAAUGGGGAGACUUACCUGGCAUCCGAGGAAUGAUCAGUAGUCCCCCUGCUGCCUGUAAAAAGUUAAAGAAAAGUUUAAAAAAAUGUAUACUUAGAUGCCUUUGAGACCGUAUGGUAGCCCAGGAAUGAGAAUUACCCAGAUGAUGACAUACUAUUUGCAAAAGUAGACAACCCAAGGUAUUGUGAAUGGGAUAUGUCCAGUCUUUUUUGUAGCCACUUAAUCACAAACACUGGCCAAAAUUGGCGUUCAAAUUAGUUUUUUGCAUUUUUCACGCACAAACAAAUAUUAACGCUAACUUUGGCAGUGUUUGUGACUAAGUGGCUACUGAAAAAGAAUGGACAUACCCCAUUUGCAAUACCUUGUGUUGUCUACUAUUGCAAAUGGUAUGCCAUCAUGAGGAUAAUUCUCAUUCCUGGCCUACCAUACAGUCUCAAAGGCAACGUAACCAAUCUGGCAAAUUUCAAUGUGAAAAAACUGAAAAAUUUAAAAUGAUAUAUUUGACCUUGUAACGUCCCAAAACACCAUAUAACCUGUACAUAGGGGGUACUGUUUUACACGUGAGACAUCACUGAAUAUAUAUGUGUAUUUUAUUGCAGUAAAAGCAAAACAGUAUUAUAACAUUCACAGUUAAAAUGUCAUGCAGAACUAAAAAAAAUAACACUUUUUAUUAAUAUUUUAUUCAUAUUAAAUUAUUUUUCAUACCUAAAUAUUUAAAGGUUAAAUGAAAGCCCUAUUUCUCCCAAAUAAAAUGAUAUAUAAUAAAUGUGGGUGCACUUAAAAUGUUAGCAGUGAAUUAGGGUUUAACAGACCUAUUGUCAAAUUCCAAGUUUUGUUUAGGUUUUAUUUUGAUAAAAACGUGUACAUUUGGCUCAGUCCUUAAGGUGUUAAAUAGCACAGUAAUGUUGAAUUCCUGAACUGCUCAUGCAAGGUACCAUUCAGUUACCAGUUGAAAAUGAUCAUGUUAACUCCAAGUAAAUAUACAAAACUGAUAUUUGGAGUGAAAAGUGUGCAUACUUUUCUUAAUACAGUUGGAAGAGAGAAGUUCGUAUAAAGAAAGGCAGCCAUCGUUGGCAAGGAGAGACUUGGUACUAUGCUCCUUGUGGGAAGCGGAUGAAGCAGUUCCCCGAAGUUAUUAAGGUAAUGUAACCUUCAUGCUUGAACUAUGGUAGAUGUCCAUUACAAAUGUUGAAUAGUAUCUAAUCUAAGGUGCAUCCUCACUUGGUCUUCAUUUCACUUGGUCAUACAAAAAAGGGUAUUUUUGUUUAGGGUUUAUUUUUUAAUAUCUGUUUAUACCUACAGCAGGGAUUUUCCUUGCAUAAUCCAUCUCGGACAAGCAGCAGUCCAAAACGUUUUAAAAAUAAGAUUAGUACCUCCAUAAACUCCUUUACAACCCAGACCAAAGCAUAGAACCCCAGUUUCCUGCUUGUCCCUCCAGGGAACAUGUCUUUGGUGGCAUUUGUCUCUUUUGCCAUGUUUCUUACCUGCACUAGAUGAGGCUGCAGUACAGGUGAGAUGCUUGCUGGAGAGCCAUCUCGGUUCUGGUCUAGUCGAUGCUGCAUAACCUCUUUGAGAAGCACCCCAGAAGUAAAGUAAAUGCAUGCAUUUCAUAGAUCCCAUUCUCACCCUGCCCCUUCUUCCAGAAACUUUUUACGAGAAUUAGCCAGCUAAAGGCUUUGGGGCUAUUCUACGUUCUGACGUGUGUUCCAUAGCCUAUAAACGUGCAUGUACAAAUGGAUCAGGGGUGUUCUUGCCGCCAAAACUUACAUUUAAAGUAUUGGAGAGCAUCUAGUCCAGCAGGUGUGGUUCUACUUGCAGCAGUGCCAUUACCUUUUCGCCCAGUGCACUGGAGAAGUGUCUUUAAGACCAAUGUUAAUUUUCUUUCUUUAUUUUUUUUUUUUUUUUAAAAGCUUUUUUGGGGGAUUCUCAGGCAAAGUUGUUUUGUUCACAGGAUGUGUGGAAUGGGUAAAUCAGUAUAAUAUUCAUCUUGAAUAAUAAGGUAAACAAUUGGGUAAUAUACAAAAUAAUUUAAGAAAAAAAAUAUAUAUAUAUUGCAACUUCUUAGACACUUCUAUUUUUAUUAUCUAGUAUCUCUCUAAGAACUCUGGUCCCAUUAUCCGAAGAGAACAUUUCAGUUUCAGUCCCAGAAUGCCUGUUGGAGACUUCUAUGAGGAACGGGACACAGCAGAAGUAAGUUUCUUCGUAAUUUUAAUGAAAAGAAUACUGUUAUGUUUGUAUGUAUUACCCGUUUAUCUGCUCUUCUCCUUUUUAGCACAGCCAUUGAUUAUUUAUGAUAAAUUCUCAAUACCUAAAUUGGUUAAUAAUUCCAAAAUGGUGUUUGAUCUUGUGGGAAUAGGAGUGAUCUCUCUUAUUUUUAAGUGGUCAGUUACUCUUUAUGUAGUCACUCUGUUGGGUGGACAACUGCAUUAUAUGUAAUAUUAAAAGUAUUGAUUUUUAUAUUUAUCUUUUAGUCAAAAAAAACAAAACCUGCUAACAGUGUAUUAUAUCCUCCUUACCGUUUCUUCAGAUACUGAGUAGAAGGGCUCUCUAAAUUUUUAGAAUUUUAACUUUGGGGGUUUUGUAUCUCCUUAGAAUAUGAAAAUGAUGUAUGUUCCUUGAAUGAACGUUCAAUGAAGUUAUUGGGCUUGAGGUCCCCAGGCACUGUCUUAACUUAUAGUGUGAAACCCUGUAACAUAAGACUGGGGACUCCAGCCUCCAUAAUAAUUUAAUUAAAAUUAAGUUGUUAUGGAUGAGGUGUGACCCCUCUAAAGAGGAACACAAGUGUUUCUAUUUUUUAUAUUUUUAUAGUGCAUUCAUCCUAUUAAACUUUUUUUUUUUUUUGUCAAGUAGCAAGUAGACCUUUAUGUAGAAUUUUAUAUUGAACUGCAUUGUAGGUACUGUCAUGAGAAAUGUCCAUUGCAUUGGAUUAACUCUCCUGGUGGAUCUUUUACAGAAGCCAUGUAUGAUAAUUGUACGUUUGGAGUUUUAAUUUUACUUUUUUUUUUUUUUAAAUUAUUAUUUUUUUUUUGUCCAGGAAAAAAUAAACUACAUUUAUUGGAAUAGUAUAUCGCUUCGGUUGUGUAGAUCUUUCAGAAGUCAACAAAAUGUACUACUUUUAUUGUUAAUUAUUCUUCUAUAUCUAUUUAUCUCAGAUUUCCUCUUUUCUGUUCUUCAUUGUUCUAGGGCAAACAGUGGGUAAUGCUUUGUUCUGAAGAAAUUCCCUCCAGGAUUUUGGCCAUCACAGGAAAAAGGGGACGUCCUCGCAAUAUGGAAAAAGCUAAACUAAGAGAAAAUAAGGUGAAAAGAGGAAGAGGACGGCCUCCCAAAGUAAAGAUGAUUGAUUUGCUAAGCAAGCCUGAUGCUAAACUCCUACGGAAGUUGGAAAAUCAAGGUAUGGACUACAACACUCUUUUUGUGAACACUACACUUGUUUGUUUUUACAUUUUGUGAUGAUUUACUUAUUCCCCCCAAAUUAAAGCCAGAACCAAAGGGGGGCUGUCCAUUGAUUUUUUUUUUUUUAAAGUUAUAUUUACCUUUUCCAUAUAUUGAAGGGGGGAAAAAAAAUGAGCUGUUAAAAAAACAAAUGUCAAAAGCGACACCUCUUUAUCCCACAGCUGUGAGUCCUCCAUCUUAUCUCCCUGUCAAACAUUGUUAUAAGCUUUGUCCUUUGCACCUGACAGUCUGCAUAGAGAAAGCAUUCAGAGAAGAGGAGAAAUGGAACAAUGUUCCAUCUAUAAUUGUGCCCUACCCUUGCCAUGUCUGAACUGGGAUAGUAUAUAUUUUUCUAAACCUUAAAGGGACACUAUAGUCACCAGAACAACUAUAGCUUAAUCUCAGUCAGUCGCUGCAGGCUUUUUGCAGUAAACACUGUCUUUUCAGAGAAAUGGCAGUCUUUACAUUACAGCCUAGGAACACCCCCAGUGGUUACUUCUCAGAUGGCUAUUAGAGGUACUUCCUGGGGCAGUGCUGCACAGUGUGCAGUAUUGACAUUCAGUGUCUCCACCCUCUGCAUGGAGAAACUGAACGUUCCUUAUAGAAAUGCAUUGAUUCAAUGCAUCUCUAUGAAGAGAUACUGGUUGGCCAAGGUGGCGUUUGUCUCCGCCCCCCCGCCCACCCCUCUUGACGGAGAUCGUCAGAAUUAAUUAUUCUCAUCGGAAAGUACUGUGAUUGGCAUUGUCCUAAUGUCAGCCAAGGAGGCAGAACCAGCACCAGCAGACUGAAAUAGAGUUAAGAUUUUGCUAUAUUUAUGGAGGCAAGGUGGGGUUUAGAUAGUGAUGAACCUUUAUAGUAUUCCUUUUUAAUAUAAAUUAUGAAGAGAACAGAAUAUUUCAUUAAAAAGUGGUUAAUACAAGUUGUAAAUGAAUUUCAAUGUUUAAUCCAAUGGUGUACAUUUUAGAAGAGUCACAGUUCCCCUUGGACAAGACCGUGCUUCCUUAUUUGGGUUUCUAACUAUGGAAAAUAAUUUUACAAGGACCAGUUUGCUUUCUCUUUGUUUUUAUGUACCCUCCCCUCCAACCCUCCUUUUUUCAUUUUCUAUCUGAUUCUUGAAAUAUUUCUGGUGGCAUACCCAAAGAAAGACCUACCAGUAACCUACCAGAGUAUGGUUCUCGCAACCUACACAGGCUGCAAUUCUUCCACCUACAUCUUUGUUUUUCACUGCUCCCUUUUUCCUGAGUUCUUACAAAAUAUUAUUCCUUCAUCUACCUCUGUUUACUACCACCAGCAGUGCAAUACUCCGUGUUGUUUGCGCUUUAUACACAUAUGGCUGUAAUAUUGGUCUUUCAUAAAUGUAUUUUUUCAUGUUUAAUUAGAAGUUGUAACUUGUCUCUUCGCAAUUACGCAGAUAUUCUCAGUGACGUAGAAAAAGUUCAGCUCAGCAAGUUAAAGAAGAAAAUGAGACGAAAGGUCUGUUUUUUUUUUUUGUUUUUGUUUUUUUUUUAAUUAAACGCUAUGCAUGAAAAUAAUUUUCCUAGCUUGUGUUAUAAACUCAUGGGGAGACGCAAUAAUAUUUUUUUUACUGAUUUAGCAUUUUGUUUCCCUUUAAGGCCAGAAAUCAAGAAGCUAAGCUUGAGGCUGCAAAGAGAUUGAAAGUAAGCACUUGCUAUAACUUUUCUACAAUGAAAUGUAUUCAUUGACGUGAGCAGGUUAGGCUCCUAGAUGCUGCAGUCAGAUAUACACACUCCUGCUUUGGAGACCAGCUUGCCCAUUCAUAAUACAUAUAAUCUAGUAAUGCACAACAAUGCUUCUUUGGCACUCUUAAGUUCAAAGCACCAAGAUUAUGCUUGAUAUAGUGCCUGCAUGUUCUAUUAUGUGGGCAAACACAUACACUUGAACCCCUUAAUGACCUAACUUCUGGAAUAAAAGGGAAUCAUGACAUGUCACACAUGUCGUGUGUCCUUAAAGGACCACUAUGGACACCCAGACCACUUCAGCUUAAUGAAGUGGUCCGUGUGCCUGGUCCAGCUAGGAUUAACCCUUUUUUUAUAAACAUAGCAGUUUCAGAGCAACUGCUAUGUUUACACUGAGGGUUAAUCCAGCCUCUAAAGCCUCUAGUGGCUGUCUCAUUGACAGCCGCUAGAGGCGCUUGCGUGCUUCUCACUGUGAAAAUCACAGUGAGAAGACGCGAGCGUCCAUAGGAAAGCAUUGUAAAUGCUUUCCUAUGAACUGGCUGAAUGCGCAUUUAGCCGAUGACGUCGCUAGGAAGAAGGAGAGGAGGAGGAAAGCUCCCCGUCCGGCACUGGAGAAAGGUAAGAUUUUAACCCCUUCCUCUCCCCAGAGCCUGGCGGGAGGGGGACCCUGAGUGUUUUCCUGGCACUAUAGUGGUCCUUUAAGGGGUUAAAGUGAUCUGACUUCAUUUGGGGCAUAACACAGCAUGGUUGGUUUUCUCUGAGCAUGCUUCAUUUCAGUAGUGUUAUUGUAGGUUAUUUGGAGGUUAGUCAAUGUUUUGAGCUAUGGUUUUUGAACUGUAGCUUUUUGAAAUAUAUUUUCUAUUUAGUAAGUUAUAAUUGAUCUGUAGUCCUAUCUGAGCCAUGCUAAACCAUUUAUUUAACACCUACUUAGCAUCUUGGCACCUACUAUCCCUUUGGCCACAAUUAAAUGUGGAUGUCAUACUAUGUGUUAGGUCAUGGCUAAAUGAUUGAUGGUAAAUGGUGAUUUGAUGCUUUAAUUACACAUUCUAUUUUUAUUUAUUUUGAAUGGAAAGGAACAGAGAGACAAAGAAGAAAAGGAAAAACAGCAAAAAGCUAAGGAGGAGGCACAAGAGCAAGUAAAAAAGAAAGUGAGGAGAAAAACUAAAGAAAAACCACCUCCUCCUAUACAUAAACCCGAUAGAAAACAGCUUGCUCAACAGCGCCGGCAGGAGCAACGCAAGCGGCAGCAGUUUAUGCUGGAAGAACUGAAGAAACCCACAGAAGACAUGUGCUUGUCUGAUCAUCAGGUGAGAAUGUGGGCGGGGAUAUUUGCUUCAUUGUGGGACAAAAUGGAAUGCUGACUGGUUGUGUAGAAGGCUAUUUGUCUGCAGCUAGGAUUACUGAGCCAAUUACUGUUCUUGUAGGAAAGUGUAUGAACAAAUUACAAAGAGAUCAUGAGAAACUUUAACCUGUGCCAGUGUCUGACUUGGUAUCAGAUAGUAACAAUGAAAACUGCUCUGUAGCCAGAAAUUUUGGGGGGGGAAUUCAUAAAGGUAGAAUUGUUCUAAAAUGCUCAUAAACACUACGUUGUAAUUUCAUUGCAGUCAAGAGAUAUCAUAAGACGCAGUAGGGACUACUUUUGUCUUAUGGUAAAUCUCUACCUUGACAAAAGGGGACCAAAUUCCUACUGAAAGGGGCUCAUGAUUCACCUGUGGGCCAACAUAAAUCUGGUUCUGAGCAAGACAGAUUGCGUUGAGCUAUGACAGGCAGCUAGCUGGGAUAAGAAAAGAGUUCACAUGGACAGAUCUAAUUUAACACUUAAAGGAUCACUAUAGUGUCAGGAAAACCAAGCUGUUUUCCUGACACUAUAGUGCCCUUAGGGUGCCCCCACCCUCAGGGUCCCCCUCCCGCUGUGCUGAAGGGGUUAAAACUCCUUCAGCAGCUUACCGUUUUCCAGCACCAGGCUCCCUCGGCGUUGGUGACCUCUCCUCCCCCGCCGACGUCGGCGGAGCCGCAAGGGCCGCGCGCGCAUUCAAGCUGUCAAUAGGAAAGCAUUUUCCAAUGCUUUGCUAUGGACGCAUCUGCAUGAUGGAGGCAUAAUAUGCCUCCAGCGUUGCAGAUGCGCCUCUAGUGGCUGUCCGGAAGACAGCCGCUAGAGGCUGGCUUAACCCUGCAAUGUAAACAUAGCAGUUUCUCUGAAACUACUAUGCUGGCAUCUGCAGGGUUAAAACCUAAGGGACCUGGCACCCAGACCACUUAAUUGAGCUGAAGUGGUCUGGGCGACUAUAGUGUCCCUUUAAUUUUGUUGUCUAUCUUGUGUGAAGAUAAUUUGUUUUAAACAUCUUUAAGUUAUUCACUUCACACUUAUACACUUCCUUGCACACCUUCGUAUAUACUUAUAAAUGCCUGUUGGGUAUUAUCACUUAAUAUUUAGUAACAAGCAUAUUUGUCAUAAACGCCAUGCCUACAAGCUCCAUGUUUUCUUUUGCUCCAGCUGAAUGACCACAACCACCAUCAGGUUUUGUCACUUCCAUCUGCCGUAACUAGUGGCAUCUGUACGAUUUAAGGCAUUAUUUAGCAUAUUUCAAAAUCUGGUCGUCCACCCUCCCCCAGAUAGAGAUUUUUUAUUUUUUUUUCUUGGUGUAUUAUUGUGAAUUGGGUUGAAAAAAUUAUUGUUCUUUUCAGCCGUUACCAGAUUUUCCACGUGUGCCAGGAGUGGUGCUGCCCAGUCGUGCCUUCUCGGAUUGCUUAACCACUGUGGAAUUCUUACAAACCUACGCCAAAGUGCUUGGCUUCGAUGGAAACAAGGAUGUGCCAAGCUUGUGCACCCUGCAAAAUGGCCUAUUUAAUGUGGGUGACAGUGUAGGAGAGGUUCAAGAUCUGUUGGUUAAACUCUUGCAAACGGCAAUGAUCGAUCCUGGGCUACCUCAUUAUUGGCAGGUAUGUUAUCAAGUUGUUGUUUUUGCCGAAGAGUGAUAUUUUCAGGAUUGUUCAUUUAACUUGGAAUAGCUGGAAAUUUACCAAAUAAUUUCACAUUUUAGUUCAACUUCUCCGUGUUAAAUCAUUCCAGAUGUUGUAAAUAAACCUUGCUUAAGCAAGCUUGUGGGUCUAGUUCUUUAAAAUUUUAUUUAUUUAUUUUUUGAGUUGAUGUCUUUUGUAUGGUCCUAUAAAAUAUGGAAUCUAACUUUUUUUUAUUUUUAUUUUUAUUCAGUCUAUCAAGAUUUUAGGUGAGAGGAUUUCUGAGAUAUCUCUAAACCGAGACAAUGUGUCAGAGAUUCUGCGGCUAUUCUUGGAGGCAUAUGGUGGGGACUUUGCAGUGUGUGACAGUCUUCGCACUCAUCCAUUCCAGGCACUCCCGCCUCACACCAAAGCUGUAGUGCUUGCCUUUCUUGUGAAUGAACUGAAUGGCAGUAACUGUAUUAUUACGUAAGUUUGUGACCAAUGACAGCAUGCAAGUCAUGAUGCAAAGAGAUUAAGGAAAGCUUAAAAAUCCACUGUUUGUGUGUGUUUGUGUUUUUACUCAAAAGCAACAUUGUUUCUCCCACAACGCCACUUUUUUAAAGGCAUAAUUAAAGUGCAAAAAGACACAAUACAAGCUCUCAAAUCUAUUUUAUUUGUCCAUCAACUAUAGUCUGUUAAAAGUUUAUCUGUGGUCUGAAAAUGUUUCCUAAUGGAUGAAAGUUCUGCAGUGUUGCAAUAAUAAUGAGUGUGUUAAGAUGUUUCUUCGUAUCCCCAUGGAUUCCUCUGAUUGCCUACCUUGUUUUAUGCAGUGACAUUGACAAAACACUGGAGAACAUUUCUAAUUACCGAAAAAACAAGUGGAUUAUUGAAGGCAAACUCCGCAGGUAAGUUCUUUCUCUUUACUGGUAAAAUCAGAUUAUUGCUGUUAGAAUUUCAACAAAUGCAGUUCUUCAGUACUGAUCUUGCCAUCAUCUCAGCAGGAAAAAAAAAUGAAAUGUUGCCAAUGUAGUUGGACUUCUACUACUUUAUUUAUAUUAUACAGGGAGUGCAGAAUUAUUAGGCAAAUUAGUAUUUUGACUACAUCAUCCUCUUUAUGCAUGUUGUCUUACUCCAAGCUGUAUAGGCUCGAAAGCCUACUACCAAUUAAGCAUAUUAGGUGAUGUGCAUCUCUGUAAUGAGAAGGGGUGUGGUCUAAUGACAUCAACACCCUAUAUCAGGUGUGCAUAAUUAUUAGGCAACUUCCUUUCCUUUGGCAAAAUGGGUCAAAAGAAGGACUUGACAGGCUCAGAAAAGUCAAAAAUAGUGAGAUAUCUUGCAGAGGGAUGCAGCACUCUUAAAAUUGCAAAGCUUCUGAAGCGUGAUCAUCGAACAAUCAAGCGUUUCAUUCAAAAUAGUCAACAGGGUCGCAAGAAGCGUGUGGAAAAACCAAGGCGCAAAAUAACUGCCCAUGAACUGAGAAAAGUCAAGCGUGCAGCUGCCACGAUGCCACUUGCCACCAGUUUGGCCAUAUUUCAGAGCUGCAACAUCACUGGAGUGCCCAAAAGCACAAGGUGUGCAAUACUCAGAGACAUGGCCAAGGUAAGAAAAGCUGAAAGACGACCACCACUGAACAAGACACACAAGCUGAAACGUCAAGACUGGGCCAAGAAAUAUCUCAAGACUGAUUUUUCUAAGGUUUUAUGGACUGAUGAAAUGAGAGUGAGUCUUGAUGGGCCAGAUGGAUGGGCCCGUGGCUGGAUUGGUAAAGGGCAGAGAGCUCCAGUCCGACUCAGACACCAGCAAGGUGGAGGUGGAGUACUGGUUUGGGCUGGUAUCAUCAAAGAUGAGCUUGUGGGGCCUUUUCGGGUUGAGGAUGGAGUCAAGCUCAACUCCCAGUCCUACUGCCAGUUCCUGGAAGACACCUUCUUCAAGCAGUGGUACAGGAAGAAGUCUGCAUCCUUCAAGAAAAACAUGAUUUUCAUGCAGGACAAUGCUCCAUCACACGCGUCCAAGUACUCCACAGCGUGGCUGGCAAGAAAGGGUAUAAAAGAAGAAAAUCUAAUGACAUGGCCUCCUUGUUCACCUGAUCUGAACCCCAUUGAGAACCUGUGGUCCAUCAUCAAAUGUGAGAUUUACAAGGAGGGAAAACAGUACACCUCUCUGAACAGUGUCUGGGAGGCUGUGGUUGCUGCUGCACGCAAUGUUGAUGGUGAACAGAUCAAAACACUGACAGAAUCCAUGGAUGGCAGGCUUUUGAGUGUCCUUGCAAAGAAAGGUGGCUAUAUUGGUCACUGAUUUGUUUUUGUUUUGUUUUUGAAUGUCAGAAAUGUAUAUUUGUGAAUGUUGAGAUGUUAUAUUGGUUUCACUGGUAAUAAUAAAUAAUUGAAAUGGGUAUAUAUUUGUUUUUUGUUAAGUUGCCUAAUAAUUAUGCACAGUAAUAGUCACCUGCACACACAGAUAUCCCCCUAACAUAGCUAAAACUAAAAACAAACUAAAAACUACUUCCAAAAAUAUUCAGCUUUGAUAUUAAUGAGUUUUUUGGGUUCAUUGAGAACAUGGUUGUUGUUCAAUAAUAAAAUUAAUCCUCAAAAAUACAACUUGCCUAAUAAUUCUGCACUCCCUGUAUAUUGUAAUAUUUUCAUAGAAUAAUUAUGGAAUUAAGUCACCAUGUGGUAGCUUACAACAAAGUUUGCGGGAAAAACAAACUCAAACUUAAGAAAAAAAACUUGCCUGCCCUAAAGCAGUAUAUAUGAGUGAUAAAUGGCAUCAAGGAGUGAGAGGGGAAGUAAGAUGAUGCAACACUGGCUUACAAAAAGACUUUCUGACUCUUUAGAAGAUCUGGAGCUUAUGGUGCAAAAAUAACAAAACUUUAUUUUGUUUAUUAUUUGUAACGUCAGGCAGGCUUUAAUAAGGGGGUGAUUGGGACCGCAGUAGACCAGGUAAUUUUCCAUGAAAUAAAGAUUUAAUUCAUGGUUGUAUAGGUAAUCGUUAACACAAUUCCUCUUCCUUUAUGGCAAAAUAACUAAAAGUAAAAAUGUCUGGUUUAUCAUGUAGUGAAACUUUUAAUUCUGGCCUAUUACUAGAAUACUGUUCUUUUGAACACAAUGUUUGUUAUAAUUACAGAUUGAAGUUUGCACUGGGUAAGCGAGCAUCCAGACCUGCGCCUCCGGUUACCACGGUAGUAGAAAGUCGCAGGAGGAGCAGCACUCGAGUAGCUACUGAGAAUGAUGCUUUAGAGGAGGAUGAUCUCUUGCAGCAAUCCUAUAUGGGUGAAGAAAGUGAAGAGGUAAUUUAAGACUUGGUUUUUAAUGAGCAGUCUCUUUUUUUUUUUUUUUUAUUGGUUUUUAUAUAACAUAGUAGAUGUAUUGAUUAUUUUAUGCUCUUUGUUUUGCAGAAAGAAUCAUUAACUGCGAACCUUGUGGAUCUGGAAAGACAGAUCGAUAAGCUCACAAAGGUACCAUUUUUGUUUUUAAUGGGGAACUAAUGUUUUACUGUAUUGUUUUCUUGAAUCUUUUCGAAAUUAAAAUGAAUAUGCUUAGCGAAAGUUAUUAAUUAGGCUUAGGGGGAUUCUUAAAUUAUUGGAAACUUAAGUUGAAGGUUCUUAAGCUUUAGACAUAAGAAGUUUGUAACUUUAGCUUAUUUCCCCUGUAUUCUGAAUGCAAUUUUCUGUCGCACACUCUCUGAUCUUGUUGUUUUCUGCUGCAGCGGCAGGUAUUUUUUAGGAAGAAAAUACUUGCUUCCUCACAGAGGCUCCGUUGUGUGUCUCUUGGGCAAGACCGGUACCGCAGGUUCUACUGGAUGCUGCCUCACUUGGGUGGUAUCUUUGUGGAAGGGUGUGAGGAAAUUACUGGUAAGUUCUUGGUUAACCACUUAUUAAAAUUUAUAUGAAAAAAAUAUAAAGUUAAAAAGGAAAGCAGGCAGUCAUAGUAAAAUGUUAUAGCAAUGUAUACUGCUUCUGUGGAUUUAUUUUCUUUUUUUCUCUCUAAUAGUUAGGUGUGUAGUGAUUUUUACGGUGAGCUUUUAAGAAGUGCUGUAACAGUAGUUUAUACGGAUAUGUACUCUGCCUUCUAAAAUGUAUUUGUUCAAAGCAUCUGUGCAUUUAUAACAUAUUUAGGUAGUUGGCCACUAGCCCUUCAAUUUAUUUUGAUUCCCUCUCCAAAGCUGAAUAUCCUGUGUAAUCACAGAAGGCUUUACAGUUUGCUUGUGUUUUUUUUUAUAUCUUUAGUGUCAGGUCAAAGUUCAUGUAACACUCGUGCACAAGUAUAUCAUCCCAACAACACAAUUUUGUCAUUAUAACAAAUACAAAUUUAAAAGAAGGAAUACAAAGGAAAUGUGGAAAGUCAAAAAAUCUGUGGGGGAAGGGGAAAGCCACUGCUAGAGUUUUCCCUUAUCAAUAAUAGUCCAAACAUUUUUGAGCCAGAGUGCCCAAACUACAAUACAACCAAACUUUUUUUUAUUUUUUUUUCCCUCCAAGUGCCAACACUGCAAUUAAACCUGAAUACUAAGGUUUAAGUUUAGAAAAAACAACUCCGUUGUCUGAACUAGCGGUGUAGUGUAUACAUGGGGUGCAGUGGAAACCUUGUGUGUAUGGGGCCAGUGUGUGUAUGAGGGUUUAGUGGGGGCAGUGUUUGUAUAGGAGUGCAGUGGGAACCACUGUAUGUAAGGGGGUGUGGGGGCAGUGUGUGUUAUGUUUUUAUUUAUUUUUUUAGUAAAACAAUAUGCUUUAACCCAGGAGCUACAGGCUAGAAUUCACUCCCCACUAGAACCACCACCGUAUCUUCACCGGACCAACAGGGCAUCACAAUCGAUAUCCCCCCUCCUUGGGCAAAGGUAAGAAGGGAGGGGGGAUAUCGAUUGUGAUGCCCUGCUGGUCCGGUGGAGAAUCCAUGGCGGUUCUAUUGGGAGUGAAUUCUAGCCUGCAGCUCCUGGGCUAGAGUUAAUUCUUGCGAGAACGGAGCGUUCCUGUGGUAAUUGCGGCAGCGCUCCAUGCUCAGAAACGAGACCCAGCGGAGCUGCAAGCUAGAGCUCCCUGGUCUCCUCUCCCUCCCCUGCUGGCAAUGUGCCUGUGGACAGAUAAGGGAGAUCUCUGAUCUCCGGUCCGCGAAGGCACCCAGCAAGGCCGGCGCUUGGAUAGCACCGGCCCUGCAGGAGAGAGCACCGCACCCCCUCCCCUCGCCCCUGGUGACCUAUGGCUGCGUGCCCACAGAGGGCUCAGCGUGCCCACAGAGGGUUCAGCGUGCCAUAGGUUCACCAAUGCUGGUCUAAGGAAUUCUUUACAUAGUCUACGUAUUCUACCUGUACAAGUCCUAUCUAUGGUAUGAUGAAAACAAAGUGUUCUUGACAAAAGCAAUCAGGUGAUCCACUAAUUAGUUUAUUUUUUUAUUUUAUUUAUUUUUCGGUAUAAAAUUAUAACUUCCUUAACGGAUGGGGAAGAAGUCCAACAGCCAGUGUCUGGGUAUGGCUCUGUGGGCGGCUAGUGUGAUGUAGUGUUUUUGGGAGUGAGUGGGGAGAUGCAAGAGAAGAGGCCACACAUCAAAAUAAAAAAGACCACUGUAAGACUGCAACACUUACAAUCUCUGUUCAGAAAAUGUAGAUUUGAGGGCAGAACCACAACAUAUGAAUAUAGGAGUCUGUAAUCCCACAAUUUCUCCAGCAAAGAUGAUUAUUAGCUGGUUACUUACCUAAAUAAUUUUAUGGGAGUGAUGUACUGUCUAAACAGUAAUAUAAUUAUUUAUUUAUGUUUGUUUAUAUAUUUUUAUUUUUUUUGUACCAUUUUUGCAAGGGGACAUAGACUGAAACCCUAAAUGUAUCCUCCCAGGUUUCUUCCUCUCUAAUCUCACCCAGGUCCAACUCUUCUUGAGGCACGUAUGUUAAAUCACCCGAGGCCUUCAAGCAGCUCUGCCACGUGUCUCCCAUUCCAAAAAAAUAAUUUUGUAAAUAUGACAUCUUUAUGAAAUACAGUCAAGAGAUAUAAUUUGAUAAAGUAAAGACUGCUUUGUCUUCUAUACUCUCCCGUCAAAUGACAGGUUUAAGGAAAAAGUCAUUGUCUGUGGUGGCUCCUGUCGUAAUGUGCAAGAGUACAGUACUGACACGGGCUUCUGGCAGAUAAAGCACCAGUAUCUGAAAACAUCCCCUGGAUGUGCUUGGCGCAAGCCACAAGUGACCGCUUCAGAUAAGAAAAACCCUGCCUUCUUUUGUUAUGAUUCCACAGAAAAGAUAAUGUCUGUUUUUGUACUUAACUAUUCCCGAUUGCCUGUUUCAAUGGCACACAAACCUACUGAUUGAGAUCCAAUGUAUGUUUUGCAUUUAUAUUUGUCUGACACUCUCAAUAACAAAUGCAUUAAAUAUAUAUAUAUUUUUAAAAAUCUCUGCCUUCUCUUGUGGCAAUGUCACCAAUGGGGACCUUUGCAAUUUAUGUAAAGACCCCAGAACUUGGAGAGAGAGAGUUUUAACACUUUCUGAACAAUAAACGGCUCAUUCACAUAGUUUCCCUACUUUGAGCUGUUUAAAGUUAGAUAAAGCAAAAUCCCAAAUAUUCAUGUUAACAAAUUAAACUCCAGUAAAGAGUCAGAAGACUUAAUGUCUUUGAAGGUGAACGGUUUUUGACAGUUUUAAUUUUAUUUCAUUCAUUUAUUUUUUACAAACCUCCUUUUAUUUUUAUUUUUUCAUUGUACAUUUAUGGCUGAUCUGCAACUUUUAAAAAAGCUGUACAUUGCAAUAGCUUCUCAAAGAUGUUGCUUUGCUAAUGUGGGAUGGAUAGUUUUAGUGGCCAAAUGUUGAACGUUUAUUACAAUCUGUGUCACUAUGGUGCUAAUGGUGGUCAUACUGUGAGAGCAGGUUCUGUGUUACCCACUCAAGUAUUGCAGUAAUAGACUUCUUUGAGUGUUUAUUUUAAAUAUUUCUGACAUAGUGCGUUGGAUCUCCCUACAGAAAAGCUAAUGUUAGACAAUGUAAUUUGUUUAUCUUACCUGAGGAUAUACUUGGUCCUGGAGUAUGUUUCUCAGUAAAUAUUAUCCUCCACUCCUCCCCACCAACUGCAGGGGAGAUGGACAAACCAGAUUUGCUUAUUACUCUAUGUAGGUGAACUGGUCUCAUUUUAUCUAACUUGAGGUAAUACUGGAGUCUGGAUGUUUCUCCAUGAAUAGCUAAAUCUUGUUUAACUAUUCUAGUGGUGUAAUGGGAGCCAAAACUGACUUAAUCCAACAGUAAGAGGUUCAUACAGUUUGUGCCUAAAAUACUCAGGCUUGUAUUCAGUACGAGUUCUGACUUUCUGAAUUCCAGCGAUUUCACAAUGUGGUCAGAGCACAUCAAACAAUCUGAGAUUUCUCUUUGCAGGUAAAACUCUAAAUUCCUACCCCUCUGCUCUAUGUCUCCGUUGUGAGGAUGGUUCUGGUGACAUAAAUAAUAGUUUAAAAUUUACCUACACUUCAGUUCUAAUAAAUGCAAUAUAAUUUUGAAAAUUUACCAACAUUUUCUUUGUGUGUAUGGUUUUAUUUUUAUUUUCUUUUUUUUUUUUCUUUUUUUUUUUUUUUAGGGGAGGCUCCAGAACCUGAAAGGACUGAAGAGACCCCAGUUCCUAUACAGUUUGAAGCUUCAGAAGUGACUGAGGAAAAAUCUUUCAACUCUGCUACUCGCUCCCGAGGUCGUCCACGGAAACCCAAGACUGAAUCUGAGUAUCCAUGCAAGUCAUGUCAGUGUAGAGGAUCGUCAAAUGGCAUUCUAGAACCAAAAUUACCCCUUGCUUUAGUUACUGAGAACAAGCAAAACCAAAACCAGUCAGCGUUUAAUUCCUGGCUGGCUAGGAAUCAAACCUCUAUAAUAGAUAGCACUGUUCUAACCCCUGAGAGUAGUCCUUCUUAUAGUGACACUGCUGCAACUGUCCCCGGUGCACCCCAUGCUGGAGAUAAGAAUGCAACAGUGAAGCAAAAUCAGUGGGUUCACCUACCUUCAAGGACUCCUUUCAUUGACACUUCCCAUGAUCCUUCGCCUCAGCCAAAUGAACAUUUACCCCUACAAUACCAUGCUGCAAUUCCUUCUCUCACACAGGUGAGCAAUUUUUUUAAAUGUAUUUUUUCUGUUGUCUCCCCCAUCGCCCUUUAUACUAUAAUUUGCUGUAAUUUUUAUAAGAUGCUGUUAUGUUAUUGUUUCAUUUACAGGCAGUUGCUUUCAUGUGGUAAUCAACCUUUACCAUUGUUUACGAUUGUUCUUUAAUUUUGAUUUUUAUAGUUUGUGGGGUUUUAUUUGUUUUUAUCAGGCUUAUGCCAUGCUGAAUAGUAGCCUUUUCUCUUUUUACAGGUAAAUGGCUUAAAAGAGGAGAAGGAAGAACCUUUAGACAGCACAUUGUUGCUUCCAACUCCUAUCCCCUGCUGUACAUGUAGUAAUCUUCAAAGAAAUGAGAAAGCAUUAAUCUCCAGUCGAGAGAGGCGCAGGGGACGCCCACCCAGCAAUUUCUUCAAACAGAUCGAGCAGAAAUACCACAACCAACUCAUAGAGAGGCCUAUUCCGUCUGGUGUGUUUUGGAAUCAAAAUGGUCUUUAAUCUGUUUGGUGAAUCGAAUAUGUAAAGCUGUUGGUACUACAUCUAUUUUUAUAGUUUAGUUUAUUGCUUAAACAUAUAAAAUAAAUAUAUAUUUAACUAUAUCAUAACCUAGCAAGUUGGAGUUCCUUCAGUUGAAAGAGUGAGGAAUCUGCUUCUCCACACACCCACAUUUAGCAUAAAGUGACUGAAAUGAUGUGUUAACGAUGUGUGACAGAGUAGUUCCUAUUGGUAUAACUGCUGAAGAAUCCAUAUUAUCCUAACAGUUUUUAUAUCUAUAGGCAUUAUCUAGUUUUUUUUUUUUAUUUACUUUUAGAUACUACACGAACAUCUAUUUGCUAAGCAUGUGUUGUAUUUUUGUUGUAUGCAGACAUGAGACAAAUGUGGUGGUGGAUAAAGGACCCAGUGAUGCUGGAAUCUCUUGUAAAAGCUCUGCACCCAAGGGGCAUACGAGAAAAAGUUUUGCUGAAACAUAUCACAAAACAUUUAGAGCACCUCAAAGAACUCUGCGCUCGGCCAGCAAUUGGUGAGAUAAGUUUUGCAAUAUGCUUAAUCAAUAUUCUUUUGAUUAUCAUGAGCAAUGUCCUAAUCAUUAUUCUACUAUAUCUAGAUUCCCUCUUUAGCUUCGUGCCAACAGAGGGACAUCCUGUGAGCCAGGAGACACUAGACAAGUGGUCAAUGGCAGAUUGGACUUUCCAAGUGGACCUGUCAAUCCUGCAGUGGGUGGAGGAUUUGGAACAAAGAGUUUUGAGCUUCGAUCUUCAGCUAAGGGUUAGUCCAACUUCAGUUUUGUGAUUUCAUUGCAGUAAAAAUAAAGACAAUUUUAUAGGAUCUGAGAAUACACAAGUUAGAAAAACUUGCUGAAUCCUAUGUAAACUCCAGGCGUAUUGGAGUGCACUCCUUAAUAUUUUAUGAAAGCUGAUGCAUAAAGAUAAUGGGAUAUUUUUUCCUUUUUUUUUUGCUCUGUAGAACUAUACUAGAAUAUAGAAAUACAGAAGGCCUUAGUAAAGCUAUGUCAAAAGUGUAACAAGCCACAAUGAGGUAGUUACUUUAUUGGCUAAUGUGUCUGAAGAAAUGUAUACUUGACAAUGCCCUUAAUUUUCUUUUAUGACUGUUCUCCGUCACAGGGCUGGACACCUACAAGUUUAGACUCUGUUCGAAGUGAUCUCAAGUAUUUUGAGCACCACCUAGAGGCAACUGAUGAUAUUACGGUGAAAGUAAAAAAAGAGGAAGGACUAUAUAGAGAGCCGUCUAACCCACUGGAUCUUGCAGUACUCAGACUUUUGGACCUUGAGCAAAAUGUAGAGAGAAGAUACCUGAAGGAACCACUGUGGGUGCUGAGCGAAGUGCAGCAUGAAAUGUUGGUGUUCACUGACCCAGAGAAUCCACUCUCCACCACUGAGAUGUAAGGGCUUGUUGUGUACUGAUCAAUCACCAAUUUGUGGCUCACUUAUUUUCCGUCUUCAGAAAACCGUUUAUUAUAUAUUCCUUUCCCCCUUGGUUUUUCACAGUCAAUACAGCAUUACAUCUCGCUUAAGGUUGUGGCGCCAGACGCUUGACAGAUGUCGAAGUGCUGCCCAGGUGUCCCUCUGUCUACAACAACUGGAGAAAUCUUUAGCCUGGGAGAGGUCGGUUAUUAAAGUGGUAAGUGACAGUGCUUCUAAUGACUGUAAGAUAACCCAAUGCUUUUUCCAAGCACUGUUAGUGUGUGUAUCUGUUUGUAUUUUUUCUCCUUUCUUUUUUUCCUUCUCCAUCUACAAGUUCAAUAUGUGUAAUGACUUGUAUUCAUAAAAUGAUGAAUGACUUUACAAUCCUGUUUUGUUUGUUACAGAUUUGCUUAGUUUGUCGGAAAGGUGACAAUGAUGAGUGUCUGUUGUUGUGUGAUAGUUGCGAUCGUGGCUGUCAUACAUAUUGUCACCGUCCACGGAUGGCAGAGAUUCCAGAAGGCGAUUGGUUCUGUCCUACCUGCAUAGCAUUGGUAAGCACAAAUGCAGUUGCAUUCAAUUCAUGUAAGCACAGUAUAAUUCUUUCUUUUUUUUUCUUUUUUAUAUUAAAUUGUUUUCUUUAUAUAACAUGUACAAAUUACAUACAAUUCAGUUCAUUUAAAUUAGAUUAUGUCUAAAAGUUAAACAUCUAUCAGACAUAUAAAUACAAACAUUUGUCAAACAACAUAUCGCAUUGAGUGUGUCUCACAGGGGAUCGGCGGGUUCAAAUUGCUAUUAUCCUUUACUCUAUCUAAAUGAUAUCAAUUUCUUGUGAUAUUCAGUGAUAUUAAUUUCUUAAUCAGAUCUUUCUUCUCUACAUUGUGUUGUUCAUUAAUUGCCAGCUCCAUUCGUAGUUGAAAAAAUAAUUGAUUUAUUAUAUUUUUUCCAUACUGGGAUGUUUUUUUGGUUUUCCAGUUUCUGGCUAUUAGAAUUUUAAAAGCUACAAAACAAUGUAUAAUGAAAUUUAUUUACAUCUUUUUUAACUUAGGCCAUCUCAAAUGUAAUAAAGCUACCUCUGGCACAAUCCUAAGUUUAUAUACAAGAAAAAAAAAAAUCUUUUCCCAUUGCAUCUUUAUUUCAGUACAGCUUCACCAGAUAUGUAUGUAUGUAUGUAUGUAUGAACCUCUGCUCUUUUCACACCCGCAACAGAAAUCACUUGACAAAGUAAACAUUCUAGCUAUCCUUGAAGGUACAAGAUACUAGGGAUUAACCGAUUAUCGGUCUGGUCGAUAUUCGGUAUUUUCGGCAAUAUCGGUAUUGGCCAAUAGAGAUCCCGAUAAUACAUACCAGGCCUGCUGGGCCCAUUACAAUUCCGGCGGUCCUGAGGGGGCCCGCAGCAAGCGCUUACUUACCUUCCUAGCAGCUCCCUUUAGCUCCCCUGUGUAAAUCUUGCAAGUCCCUUGCGGGUUACCAUGGCAAUGCUCCGCGCGGCAUGCUGGCCGCGAGAUUUACACAGGGGAGCUGAAGGGAGCUGCUGAGAAGUUAUGGAACUUAUGGAGAGCAAAACACAGGUCGCAAGAGUAUUCUGAAAAAGGACAACAACUGAAAUAGCCUGCCCUUCGGUGGGUCCCCGCUCAGAACUCAAGCUCCUUUUAGCUCAUCUUUUUCAGUUGUUGUCAGUUCUCAGAAUACUCUUGCGCCCCGGUUUUUUGCUCUCCAUAAGUUUAAAGGGUAAUCCAGACGUGGACCCCUUGCUCACGGUGCCUAGAGAGAUAUCAGCUACGCCUCACUGAUGAUGCCUAACAAGGCUGAAACGAUAGUCUAGGGUUGCUGUAUCUCUCGUGCUGAGGGAACUUGCUGGCAUUUCGGAUCUGGACUGCCUGUAUGGGUGGGACCAGUCUGAUAUGCUUCAGAUAUGUUCUCUCUGUGAUGGCACAAGAUGAGCUAAAACUAGCUUGAGUUCUGAGCGGGGACCCACCGAAGGGCAGGCUAUUUCAGUUGCUGUCCGUUCUCAGAAUACUCUUGCGCCCCGUUUUUUGCUCUCCAGGGAGAAUAAUAGUUGUUUUCUUCCCAAGCAAAUAAUGGCUUAUGAUAGGAGGGCAAUAGAAGUGUUUCGGACAAUAGCAGGGAGAUGCUGCAUCAAUUUGAUACUUCUAAAAAUUAUGAUUUCUGUCAUUGUAUGUAUGUGGGUUUUUUUUGGCUUUUUUUAUCAGACAUUUACAAUCUAGUUACAAUAUUGUUCUUAAUGAUUCUUACUACACUUUCUUGUCCGUUUUUUGUGUUGGAUAACCAUAUUAUUUUAAAGAGACACUUAACAUUCUUUAACAUUUUGCUUACUUUUAAAUGUAAUUGUUUAGUGUGAGUCAGAUUAAUUGGUAUUGAUUGUGUAUCCCCAGUGCAGCAUAUAUGUUUUACAUAUGCAGUGCCCUGGAUAUAGGAGAAAUAAGGUUUUAGCUUUUAAUAAUAUAUGCCAUUUGAUUUCAACGUGAAGUAAUCUGCAAUUUCUUUUGCUAAUUGGAGCUCUCCGUUACAUCUUUUAAUAUGGACUUUUUUUAAUGUUCUGGAUUUUCUUUCUGCAGCAAGGUGAAAGCGAGUUUCUAAGAUCCUGUGGAUCUUCUAAACGCAACAAAAGGAGUAGGUUAUCAUUCCAAGACAGUGACAGUCCUUCAAAAUCAUCUCGACGACGGGAACAGACUGCAGUUUCACCAUAUCAAUCUGCUGAAGCAUCAAAGCGAAGACGCAUCGGUACACGGAGCCAGAGUCCCGACUUAACGUUCUGCGAGUAAGUAACUGGAAUUGUCUGUGUUCAUUGUCUGAUACUAAGUUACUACAUUUCAGAUGCCUUUUAAUGGUUUGGUUACAUUCUGUAUGAAUUCCAGUUUUAAUCAAUAUGAAUGGCAGGAUAUCUCUGAUUUUAAAAGUCAAAUAAAAGCAACAAAAACAAAUAGUGUACUUAAUACGUCCGCAGCAAAUAUGAGCGCUGGAAGCUGCUCUAAUGGUAUUGCAGUGAUGCCUCGAUGUCGAGGCAUCCUGCAAUACCUCUCAUGACAGCCGAGCCACUGAACGAUCGCUCGGCAGUGUAGCAAAGCAUCGGAAGCCAUCGGGCAUGCUUCUGAUGUUCUGCCUGUGUGCUGAGGGGUCGAGGCACUCAGUGAACUCUUAAAUUAAAUCCCCCCCCCCCAGCCCUGUGGAUUCCAAUAUGGCGCUGCAUCAUGGGGCUUCUCAGGGUGUCCCUAACCUGCCUCAUCAUAGAGGCAGGCUAGGGUCAUCCAAUCCGAUAUUGCCCCUAUAAUAUGUAUUACUACUAUGAUCCCCAUUUGUCUGGUCAGGUCAAAAUUAGUAAAUCAGUGGAUCUCCCUCCCUCUCUUCACUUGUGUUUUAGUGAGAGAGAGAUAUCUGUGUUUAUACAAGUGUCCCUUUGUUCAAGCUACUGUAUUGUUUUGAUACAGUAGCUUGCGGUACAAUCAGAACCACGCAGGUUUCCCAGAACAAUUUGAAUGCACUGGGGGGGGUGGGGGGGAGAGAGAGACCUCAGCUCUGCGCCAAGAGAAGCUGUUGCCAGUUAAGUACAGAGACAAGAAGGAUGUGUACCUUCUUACCACCAUCCACACUGAGAGGACUGUGGAGUUCUCUGUAUGUGGCAGAGCUGAGAGCACAAGGAAGCCAGUGUGCAUCAAGGCCUAUAACUGGCAUAUAGGUGGGGUUGAUCUGACAGAUCAGCUGCUGGAGCCCUACCUAAUUACAUUGAAGACAACGGUCUGGUGCAAAAAGCUUGCAAUUUACUUAAUGCAGAUUGCAACCCACAACGCUUUUUUGUUGAUCAAAAAAAGCAAACCCUGGAAUGAAACUGACUUUUUUUUUUUUACAGUUUCAGCUCCAGAUCAUUUUGUGGGGGGAGAUUGGUUACAUUUACUGUUCCUAUGUUUUUUGUUGUUUUUUUUUGGGGGGGGUUUGUUUUUUACUUUUACUGUGCCAAACUAUUUUUAUGAUCAGGUUCAACCUAUACAUGAGUGUACUCAGGCGGCCUUGCAGAAAACAACCUGGAGUGUUUUCUUGCAAUAACCAACAACAGGCUCCCCUAAAUCACACACCAAUGUGUGUGUAAAAAUUUAAAAAUUCCCACCACACAUCUUCAUUUUUUUGAGCUAAAACUGUUACAUCAAAGGCAUCAAAACACUCCAUAUACAAUACCUUGUGUCAAUUUUUCAAAUAUGUGCACUUUUAUACCUUAGGACGGUUGUAUUCUUUUAAAAAAAAUAUAUACAUGUGAAGGGUUAUUCAGGGAUUCCUGACAGAUAUCAGUGUUACAAUGUAACUUUUGUUAAUUUUGAAAUAAAUUGGUUUGGAAAUAGCAAAGUGCUACUUAUUGCACUGUAACUUGCAAAAAGAAAGCUAAGAACAUGGUAACAUUGGUUAUUUCUAAACUCAGGACAACAUUUAGAAACUAGCAUGGGUGUCUUUUGGCGGUUGUAGAUGCGUAACAGAUUUUGGGGGUCAAAGUUAGAAAAAGUGUUAAAUUUUUUUAUUGUAAAUUAUGAUAUGAUGAAAAUAAUGGUAUCUUAGAACAUUUAAUAGCGAGAAAAAGUGGAUAUAACAUGUGUGGGUAAUGUAAAUGAGUUAGAGGAAAAUUACCGCUAAACACAAACACCGCAGAAAUGUAAAAACAGCCCUGGUCCUUAAUGGUAAGAAAGUUGAAAAAAUGAUCUAGUCACUAAGGGGUUAAAGGAAAACUCAACACACACACACAAACUACUUUGUGUAUGAAGUAUCCCAUUUUAAUGACCGUUUAUAAAAGUGUAAAUUUCUUUGAGAAACCGGCACUUUUCUAAAUCUAAAUCAAUCAAGAAAUCUAAAUCAAUCAAGAAACACCUCCGUGGGGGGGCGGGGCCGGACCGCCAUGCUAACCGGUCGCAUGCAGGAGAGGCUCCAGAGAAAUCUGGCCUCUUAAGCAACAAAAAGCAGACUUUGCACAAAAGAAAAAAAUACCACAACGAUUGACAACAUUAUGUACCUACUUGCACAAUAAAAAUAAAGAAUUAAAAAAAAAAAAAAAAAACCUCUGUGGUUGGGUCAGUCAGGAAGUAGUUUUUUUUUUUUUUUUUUCUCCUUUUGUUAGCUCCACUGAGCUUUCGAAUGUGGCAGACAUGCUCUGGCUAAGUGCACCUGCCUUCUUCUGCAGGUGCCAGUGAGCGCACAUCCCCACAGGGCUCCAUAGUUUUCCUUUACAUCUUCACAUUUGAGCCAGUUACAUGCAAAAAUACACUAUUCACAAAAAAGUUAAAAGGAAAAACAAACUUUUUUUUUUCCCCCAGUAAUAUAGAUAAAUAUUUAUUAUUGUACUUUUUGUAAAUCACACAAAAAAUGUUUUAGGUGUUACUUGUUAGAGAUUUCAACAUACUAUAACAUUUAAGCAGAACUGUUUGCGUGUUUUGUUUUUUUCCUGAUAUGCCAUUUUUAUCUUAAAUGAAUAGUACAAACACCUAUAGCUCUUUAGCUUGUUGAGGUGCUUUGUGUGAACAGUGUGUCCUCCUCUCCCCUCCCCAGGAGGCAGGUUAUUGCCAAGAGCAUCUGCCUUGCUAAGACUUCUCAUUGAGCUGCAUUGGGAAGUCUGUAAUUGGACAGCCACAGAUACAAUACUGGGCAAGGUUAGAAGGGGGAGGGCUUGCAACAGCUACAGACAAGAAAUCUGCAGCUUUUGCAAGCUAUUUUAGAUAUACCCCAAAUGAAAAUAUGCAUUGUCACUUUCCCUUAACAAUAUUUAUGGUCUUUUCUUCCUUGUGCUGGAUCUUACUUAAUACCAGGGUGCCUCCAUUUUGUUAUGCUCUGUCCAUAGUGUUUGCAGUUUGCUCUUCUAUGUAAUUCUUUUGAUGAAUUAUGAAUAAAUGAGAAAAAAGGAGUCUCUAUAAGUUCCUAUUUAUAUUUAAAUAAAAAACAAGGACAAGUUUAAAAAUCUAACAACCGAGAAAUAGAGGAACAAAAAAAGGGGUAAACCUAAAAGCAAAACCUGCAAAGUGACAAAGCCGCUUUUUUAAACAUGCUCCACCUAUAAUUUUAAACUGCCUACCUCUAAACAAACCUUUUGCAGCAUAUUCUUGCAAGGGUGAAAGCAGGUGAUAAGGCUUCCAAUUGCUUUCUGGGGAUAUACAAAUACCUAAUGUUUAGGAUCUUGGUGUUCCGGUACACUUGCUGGCUACAGUGUACGAUUCUUCUGCUCUAUGGGUUAUGCAGAGUUAACACAAUGCAGUUCUUUGAAUAACAAUCUUUUCUUUGGGUCUCCAGGAUCAUCCUUAUGGAAUUGGAGUCCCAUGAGGAUGCAUGGCCAUUUCUAGAACCUGUGAACCCACGGAUUGUGCCUGGCUAUAGGAAAAUAAUCAAAAACCCCAUGGACUUCUCUACAAUGAGGCACAAACUGCUGUAUGGCAAGUAAGUUUUUUGGGGAAGUGUAUGUGUGUGUUUCCAUAGUGGUUACAGUUGAAGGACUAAUUUAUUUUGUGUACAUUUUACCAUUUGUGAUCUGUCAUGGUCAAUGGCCAUUUGAGUUUUAAAGUUAAAAUAGUAAACAUUGGAAUUUUCUUUGGUAGUUUUAUUGUAAAUUCUUUGUACAAUUCAAAUAAAUGUGAGAGGUCUUAGCUUUUUGUGUGUAUGUAUACACACCUAUACUAGAACUUUGUUUCCAUACUUACUGUAAUUUUCUUUUUCUAAUGUAAGCCAUGGCAGCACUGACUUGAGUUAGCUCCUCCCCUUACAGCAAAAAGGACAGGAAGCAAAACUGUGAAAUUAGUAUGAAUAGUCCGUUCCAUACCCCAUCAGGCAGUUUCUAUAACAAGCUUCACAUCGCUCAUAGAAGAAGGGGGAGCAUUUAAUGUCGCCGUGGCUUUAAUCAGGGAAAGAAAAUUAUUGCAUCGAAACAUUUUUCCGAUUAAACCAGUGACUUAUAAAUAAGUGAAAUGCACAAUAUACAUUACUGAGCUGCAUGGAUGACAAAUGUCAUGUUCUCAAAGUGCAAAAUCCCUAAAUUGGAAGCCCAGCUGUUUAAUGUAUGGGAACCCUCCACUGUGUCUGCCCAGACAUUCAGUAAUUUGCAUAUCAUGGAUAACUCAUACAAUACUAUGUCUGGGAGACCGAUAUAAAAAAAAAAAAAAAAACACUGUAGUGAUACAAUAAAUCUUGAAUAAUCACAAGCUAAAAUCAUGUGACGAGGAAAAUAGACAAAAUAUAUAAUUAAACCUGGGUUGUAUCUGUCAGAUUAAGAUGCAGUUAUUGGCAGUAGAGCCCUCAUCCCAGAUCCAAAUAUUGAAAAUGAGCAAAUAGGGAUUUGUCUGAACUUGAUCCCUGGUACGUAACUGACGAACACGGGAUAUUAACAAGUUACAUGAUGGUUAUUUUUCUCUUCCUGGCUAUGAUCUGUGACUGCAUACACAAUUUCAAUUAGCUCAGCCUACUCACAGCAGAUAUGACAGGGGAGGAGGGGGGGUGGAGAAAAGGCCUUCUACUCAGCAUGACAUUAUUUCCAAAUAAAUACAACAAGCUCCAACAAGGGAGUAAAGCCAUAAGCUACUAUGGAUAAUAGGAAGGACAAGAGAGUUCUGGGAGGUUUGUCAGACCCCUGUUCUAAAGUAUACCCAAACGUGUUUCCGGUCAUUUUUCGUGUAUGGUGCGUGCAUUAUCAGAAGUAAAUCAAUGCUUUGAUGGUGUGAUCGGGAAAUAUAGCUUUUCAUUUUGAAAAUCGUACGACCCUAAACUACUUUUAAGAUCACACUACUUCUGACAUUUACCUUCUUACACUUGUCACAUGCUUGAUAACGUGAAUUCAUUCUUAGUACUAAGUUCUAAUCCAUCUCCUGUCUAACCCCCAGGUACUCCAGCUGUGAAGAAUUUGCAGAGGAUGCAGAGCUAGUGUUCAGUAACUGCCAACUAUUUAAUGAGGAUGAAUCUGAAGUGGGCAGGGCUGGCCUGGCCCUAAAGAGGUUUUACGAUAGCCGCUGGGAGGAGUUCAGUCAGGGGCGCAACCAAGUUGCACUAUGAGUGAGACUGGAAUCUGUUGAUCUGUAAACGAACAGCUAUAUUUGACCAGAUCUCCGACAAUGAAAACGGGUUCAGCUCCCUUGGGUGUGAGCUUUUUAAGGUGCUGCUUUUCACAUUGAGGGCAGCUACAUUGCAACUCAGAUGUUAAUAAACACAAGUACAGGACAUUUCCUCCAGAACAGAAUUAUCAAUAUUGAUCUGGAUUAGUUUCAGGUCCCCAACACUUCCAUAUGUCUGAUACAGUGAUCGAGAGAAAAUCUUGCAGAUAACCCUGCUAUUUGUACCCUCCUAUCCUCAUUUUUGUUAGGGAAAUUAAUCUGCCAAUGCAGUGUUUUCUACUCUACUUCGUACACCAAACCAUACCCUCCACCAAUUCCGGAACAUUAUUUCAUACAUGCAAUUUAGAAGACAAUUGCACCAGCACUUCAGUGCACAGUCUAGCAACCUCCGGUAUCUGUUAAUCGUAAUUGACGCAUGUGUACAUGCUUUGCAUUCCUGCACAUGUCAUGGAGUAAAAACCUGAUAUGGCCAAUGCUAUUAUGUACAGAUCUACAUACUUACUAUACACAUGGGCACAUGAAGCCACAAAAUGAAUAUACGCAAAUGUCUCACAUGACUUCUAAAUGUUUUACAUGUACGUACAGAAGUCACUCACUCCUUACCCACUGUCUUUAUUUAUAAUGGCAGAGUAAUAUUUAAUAGCAAUAGCAUAUCGUGAAUGUGUGUGUGUUUGGGGUUUUACUGAUCUUUUCUUGAGAUGGGGGCAUAGAAAAUGCAACUUCUGCAUAGCAUUAAAUAAAAAAAAAAAAACACAAUUGUAGUUGUAUGGCCAGUAUGCUGGGUGGCAGCCCUUUAAAGGGUUAACAAAAGUCAAGCGUACCCUGGGCUGAACUUGUCCACAAGCCUCUGUUCAAGCUGCUUCCACUGGUUAUUACUGUUCAUUGUCGGACAUUCAUUUCCCCCCAAGUUUCUCUGGCACUACCUCCUUCCCAUACCCUUAUUCACCUGAUAUCUUCAAUAUACUUUUAUUCCCAACUCCCUUUUGGCCAAGAGAUGCCAUUGAGUACAUGGUAUUGUGCCUUUUGGCCUUCAGGCUUUUAGCACUACAAGUAUCCCAGGGGUAAUCACUGCCAGUCUUUUCUUCCUUAACUUUAUAUGGAGUGGCAGGGAAUUUAUAGUCUCCUGUGUUAUAUGUACAUUUUAUAUUUAUUUGAAGUUGUCUCGACUGUGUAGGCUUUUGGUAUUUAAUAUCAUGUCCUUGCUGCUUGUUUUCAGAGAGGUUCACAAGUUUGACUGUCUUUAUAGGAAUGGGCUUCUUUGCUUUUUCAUCCCUUAAUUCACUCCAGUUCUACAGACCUCCAUUUUUUGUUAAUGGACAUUUCUACUAAGGGACCAAUCUGUGAUAUACCAGUGCUAUUUCCUUGUCCCUGGCAUGGAAAUGGUGGAACCCCAUAUUAUAUGAUUAUAAUGCACUAAAUACUGAUGUGAGGAAGGGCUACACAACCAUGUGUUUUCAUGGAAAGCCUGUUACCGAUUCUAGCACACAAUCUUCCAUCUCUUGUAAUAUGGGGUCAUGCAACAUAAGGUCAAACAAAGAUACAAAAAUUUUUUUGGGGGUGGGGUGGGGGGGUUCUGAAAGCUAGAACCAGUUAAAUCUUUGAUGACAAAAAUGGUGUAUGCAGUGUUCCAAAGCAGUUAUUAAAUCCUCUUUCUAAACCUCAAAGGGUUGAAGUAAUCUUUCAUUCCCUUGCUCAAUUCCCUCAUACAUUUUUUUUUUUUUUUUUAAAUAUAUAAUUCUUAUUUUAUCAAAGCUGCAGAACCCACACACCUGGUAUCUGCCCAGUUCUGCCUGGCACAGAUUGUGACAUUUGUAGGGGUGGCAGUCUACUAGAGCUGUAAAUAACAAUGUAUACAUCAUUUCUGAAUAGCAGUGCUGUGUUCCAGUGGGGGUCAUCUAUAAAAAUCUUAAUCAGUGGUGGUCCUUGAGGGCUGGAUUGAGAAGCAAUAAUGUAGACGCAAACACUUUUCACAAAGAGCUGCAGCAGACUCUCUUAUUCAAACUUUGACAUCAUUCUUUGAAUGUGCUCUAAAUGUGGCCAAUAACCAUCUCUACCGAUGUUACAAGCAUGCAACUUUAUGGACUAUGGUCUCACUGAAAGCCAAGGAAUGGAAAAUAGAUACCUAGUUGUAGCAUGUGUGUCUCUACUUGUGCAGUCGAUACCCAUGUUGUCCCUCGGUAAAUUAGUUGAUUUGAAAUGAAGUUGGAGAUAGUAGUUUUUAUAUCAUAAAUUGUUUAUAUGCGUCUAAUUGUGUUGGUUUUUUUGGGGGGGGGAGUAGAGGACAGUUCAGAUAUUACACAAAGCAAUAUUAGAUGUGCAGCUGCGGACUCCGCAUGCUGACUUGUAUAGCAAUAAACCAUGUCCUACCCACUCCCCUCGCAACUCAUUCCAGUAGGGUACAAGCCUUGUCAUGCUAAUGUAAAUUUCACUAGACCAAGAAUGGCUGCCAUCUAAAAGAAACAAAACAAAACAAAAACCUGGCAUCAUGAAACAUACUCCUCGUUAUUCUGUGCCUGGAUUAAGAACCUUUUCUUUGAGGUCAUGGCAGUGAGCAGGUGUCCAUGUAAAUGAUGGAGGCAGAACUGGGUAUGGGAUGUGUUGUGGAAAACAUACCCGCAAGCCUGUAGAAAUCUAUUUUUGUAUCCUGAAACUUUUUUUUUUUUUGAUUAAUAGACUGUAGGAUUUUUAAUAUGCAUAAAUAUUUAUAUUUUAUCUAAAUGACAGCACUGUAACUUUGUUUUUGGUUUAUUGUUUUGUUCUGUAUUCAUAGAGCCCAUAUUGUGCUAUGUUUUUGUUUUACAGUAGAAGUAAGAUCACUUUCAGUCAGUUUGCUCUGGAAAUAUGUUUAUUUAACGCCUGUAUGGUGACUAAAUAUGUAAUUUCUUAGUUCGUCAUUCUUUAAUUUUAUAGGAGGGUAACCAUGGGUUCAAUUCGUGUAAAUUGUUUUGUUAGUUUGUCAGGCAGAGCCUAGAACCUUAAUGUUCUUUGCAAAUAAGCAAUUUUUAUGGUGUGCAUGUUUUUUUUGUUUUUUUACCCGCAGUCCAAUUUGUAGAAUAAAAUAGGCCACCAGGGAGCUCAGUCCUUCAUGAGAUUAGAUGUUGAGGUGGAAUUUAGAGGUUUCCAUUAGAUAUCCGUGACACCAAAUUGACUGGGCUACUUUUAUUUACUUUAACUGUUAGCAUUCCUAUUUAUUUAUUUUUUUAUUGUUAUUUUUUUUAAUGCCAUCUAUUUUCCCCUUGUGACCUCUAAUUUUUGGAAUAACAAUGGGGCCUCUAUGCAUUUCAAUACCAUGUAUUAAAAGCCUUGCGGGCUUGAUGAGGGUUUAUUUAAAAUGGUGUAUUUACGUUCAUUCUGAGUUUACUUCCAUUGAAGGUAUCCUUGUACAGUGAUACCACUUAUCCUCCUGAUCUAUCCUUAAAAAAAUAAAUAAAAAAAAAUAAAAAUGGAAAACACAGGUUUUAGUCUUGGCAACACUGAAUGAGAGUAAGAGUGAUUUUGAAACUCUGUGCAAAGCAGCUUUCUGGUGCAAAAUUAUGUUACAUCUCACAUUUUGUCUCUCUUAUUUUAUUUGUUUGCAGCUUUAAGUUGUUGGUAUGAGUUUUCAAAUAACAUACACUAGCUCUCACGUUCUCCUCUAUUAUUUUUAUAUAUGUGUAACCAAACUGUGUUAUAGUGACCUUUUUGAUAAAUGUACAGUUUUUUUCUGUGAAUUUAAAUUUCUUUCUUUCUAUAUUUUUAGGACCAAUCUCGUUUUUCAGAAAUAAAAACAAAAAAUAAAAAUAAAAAAAAGUUUAGAAAUCCACAUUGUUGCACAUGUGCUGUAGUGUGCCCUUUAGCCGCUGAAGUAUAAUAAUAAUAAUAAAAAAAUAUAAAAUGAAA